GCCCAGAGUGACUAUGGCAACCCAGUCAGAUGCGUGACAUAACAACAUCAACAACAACCCCAAAGAAGCAAUCCUGAAGCAAAGAACCCCCACAAGUUUAUUUAUUUCAUAAUAUUUCUACACUGCUUGAUUGUAAUGUGGGGUAGGGUUGGGGAGACAAAAAAAAACAAAACAAAAUCGCGCGGGGGGGGGGGGGAAUUACAAUCGUUUAAAACAAGUGUUCCCAAGCUUGGGUCUCCAGCUGAAGGUCUCCCCAUUCAUGCUUCAAUGGCGGCAGGUCUACUCUGGGUUACUGUUGUCUUCCGAAGUUUUACAGCCAAGUUUCAGCCAUCUACACCCCAGUCACACCUAUGAAACUCAAGUCACACGGUUACUGUUGCAAUGUCACCAUCACGUUUUUCACUUGAUGUUAUCUUCUGGCCGGCCCUUUCGGAGACUCCCAUGGAAAGUACUGUACUUCGAAUCAGUCCAUAAGCAACACACCCAUCCCAGUUUUGUUUGAUUCAGGUGACUGACUAAGCCCGGGUGCGGAAGACGGAGUCAAAUCACCCAGGGAAAAGUACAGCACAGAAAGGUAGGCGUUGGAUAGCUCAGCUGGUAGAACAUGAGACUCUUAACUCUCAGGAUUCCAGGUUCGAGCCCCACAUUGGGCAAAAAAGAUGUCUGCAUUGCAGGGGCUUGGAAUAGAUGAACCUCGUGGUCCUUUCCAACUCAACCGGGAGAGCGUGAGACUUAAUCACAGGGUCGUGGGUUCGAGGCUCAAAUGAGUCAAAAAAAGAUUUCUGAAUUGCAGCGGUUUGGACUAGGUGACCCUCGCGGUCCCUUCCAACGCUGCAAUUCUAUGAUCCCUCCGGCCACUACAAGCACCCUUAGCCCAGCCCCAGGGCUUUGUUUAUUUUUCAAGCGACACCGCCAGCAGGAGGAGAUGAGCGCGCCUCUCGCCUCGGGUCCCCAUCACGUGGGCCGCUGCCGGAGCAGUAGUCAAACUCUCCUCCCGACAGCUGCGGUAUGAGGAAGUCGGGGAGAGGCGCGCUCGCCUCGCUGUUCUCCUGAUCCCGAGAGCAGCGAGGGCGGAGAAGACGAGGACGUGAGUACCGCGCUGUCCUUGGAGUGCGGGUGUGUGAGGAGGGAUUUGGCAGGGUCCCUUCCUUCCUCCUGAUCGCGGUGGAGGCGCCCGGGGGAGGGGACCUUCCUUGGCAGCCGUGGCUUCCCCUCCCCUGGGUUAGGACACCGCGCCUUCUUAAGUGCCCUCUUCCCCCUUGUCACCACCGGGACGCUGGAGGAGGAGGAGCCGGAUCCUGCCUCCCAACACUGCCUGCAGUCCGCUCCCCAGGGAAAGUGGGGUGGUGGGGGGAGAGACAGCGGGAGAGAGAGGAACACCCUGAUUGAUGAUAUAAACUCUCCGGUUUCCGUGCUCUUCGCGUCCGAUCAGGCUCGGGCGGGCCUGCUUUCGCCUCUGCCGGUAAUGCCGCUUCAUUCCUCGGCUGCUUGCUAGUCCCGGGCGCGGCGGGCGCAGCAACUCUCGGGUGGCGUCGUGGGGAAGUUUGGGGCGGCUUCGCUGGCGGGCGAAGGGCGGCUGCAGAAUUUCGCAGCGGCCGGGAGCUACCAAACGCAGAGUCAGUUUCCCUCCUUCCUGCCUCCUCCCCCGGCGGCUUUGCUUGUUGCUACUAGGUUGCAACUGGAGAGGCGGAGGCACGCUUUCAAGAUUUUUUUGUUUUAUAGCCCUGGGAGUCGAGGGGGAGGAGUAAAUGCUGGGUCGUCUUGGUCAUGCAGCCGGGGACGGGGUUGCUGCUGGGUGCCUGUGGCCAGAUGUGCUGCUGGUGGGCAGCUGUGGGGUGGCCCCCUCGAUUCCAGUGGCUCCCAGAGGAGCGGAUGCGCUAGAUCGGGGGCGCCCAGCGAUUCUGCCGCCGCCACCUCCUCCUCCUCCUCCUGCGCAACUUUUGCACAAGUCGCCCAUAGCCACCGACUUGGCGCGUAAUUGCGCACGGCUCCUGCUGGUGGUGGUGGUGCUGCUGCUUCCCGCAGCUCGACUCGAUCGCGCGCAAAAACGAGCUCUCCUCCGGACCUUUUCUUUCUUUCCUACUUGCUGUAGGUUGGAGGCGUUCUUCAGCAGCCGGGUGAGGGCGGGCGAGCGAGUCACCGAGAGCGAGAAGCGGCUAAGGGCUCCCGAUGGAGGAGGAAGAGGUGGCUUCGGUGCGCGACGAGUGGCAAGGGGUCGCUCAAAGGAGAAAGGCCUGGGCCAAAAGCAGAGACUCUUGGCAAGCGUCGGAGGCGGAGCGGCUCUCUCCAGAGGCAGCUGAGCCGGCGCCGGAGCAGGAGAUCGCCGGGGGGAAAUUGCCUUUGGCUGCCGAAGGAGGUUUGUCUUAUUAGCCUCAUGGUUUUCUCUCUCUUUGGCUACCCAAGAGACACUCGGAGGAGUCAUGUGGCACCUGAAAGGUUAACCGAUUGAUUGUCGCAUCAGCAUCUGUGGGCUAGAGGCUGUUGCUUGGGUGUCUGAUGACGACCACAAAAACUGAUGCCAAGAUAGAGAAAUGCCUUUCAGGUUUCACAGGAAUCUUAUUUUGAUGAGCAAAUAACUGUUGGGGGGUGGAACUGAACUUUAUGGCUGCUAUCCUAAACUGCCAUACCGAGCUCUGAAGCUCUUUCUUCCUACUGCAAUAUCACACUUUCUUUUCACUAGAAAGAAAAUCCUAAUGAGCUCACCAUGCUGUUCUAUGCAUGUUUACUGGCUGAGUUGAAUGCAAUAUUAUAACUUUUAGGCAGCAAUCCUAAUCUCGUUUACCAGCUCUGUUGAAUUUGGUAGGACGUGCUUCUGAGUAGGCUUGUAAAUUUAGUAAAAAAAAUAUAAAAAUUGUUUUUAGGAUUAGCCUGCAAAAUUCCCAAUUGUAGCCUUGUUGUUCAUACUUUUGCUUUGUCCUUGAACGUUUUAAAGAAAAUGUUGGGAACUUGGCUUCCCUUCUAGAAACUGUUGAUAUUGUGCCUUAGCUGGUCUACAUAUCAUUUAGUUCAGUGGGAUUUGUGAAAGCCAGCAGGAAAGAUGCUCCGGCAAAUGGCUACUUUUAUCAUUCAUCAAUGAUAACUUCUUGCUUCUCCCCAUUUCCCUUUUGUUUCUCUCUGCCCUUUCCCACCUCUCCCCAUUCAGCAGGCUCUAUUCCAAAUGAAAAGAUUGCAAUAUGGCUUAAAGAUUGUAGGUAAGUACUUCUUGUACAGAAUGAUGCAGUUGUUCAAUAUAUCUGCUCCAUCCUGAAUCUUGUAAGAUAUCUAGAACCUCUCUGGCCCUGAGGCUUUUUAGAAAUACCAAUUGCAAAUCGGUUUCCCCUUAGCUUCUUUUUGCCUCCCAAAAUGUGUCUUAGUAGUAAAUCACAUGGAUUGCAAUGGAUUUUCUCCGUGUUUCGACCAUAAUCCAACACAUCUUUUAAUCCUUUGCAUGCUUUCUUUGGGCUUCCUUCUGAGUAAAUUUGCAUAGAAUUAGACAAAAGUUGGGCAUGCAUUUAAACUCACUGAUCUAUAAGGAAAUUCAAGCCCUCUUUAUUUUGUGCUGGAAUAGGCUGUGGCCAGAAUAUUUUGUGUGCGAGAGACAGAGAUGAAUGGAAAACUGCUCUUUCGGCUAAAGUUUAUUAUGUUGUUCAGGAAAUAGCAGCUGUUCUUUGGGACGGCAGGUCCUGUUGUUGUAAAGACACAACCCAUAGUGCAUAGACCGGGGUGUUGUCUGAAAAUAUAACUGCAUACCAGAAACAAAGGGAAAGUUCCAUGCUGACUCGGCUUUGUGAUUUCAGCUGCGAUCUUAAAUGCAUUUAGGAUGUACCGGGAAGUAAGCCCCAUUGCAACUGGUUGGAUUUCCUCCCAUGUUUGUAAACAAGUUUUAAAUUAACUGCUGCUGCAACUGCAAACCUGCUUUAGCCUGAAGUCUUAUUAUUUAUUAGAGAGGAGUGUUGAAACCAAUUCAGCUUCUGGAUCAGGGUUUCUCACAUAGUGGGCUAUGGGCGACUUUCUCCUCGUUGUCUUGCAUUGCCUCCUAGCUGAUCUCGUAGGCUUUUGGUUGGAUUGAUGCCAGUUUGAGCAAUGCCUUGCAUGCUGAGUAAAGGUAGCCAGAGGACUCAGAGAAAUUGGGUGUGCAUGUGUUUGGAAUGAAGUAAGAAAGGAGAUUCCGACUCAACAUCAGGAAGAACUUUCUGACAGUAGGAGCUGUUUGACAGUGGAACGGUCUCCCUCGGGAGGUUGUGGACUCUCCUUGGAGGUUUUUAAGCAGAGGUUGGAUGGUCAUUUGUCAUGGCUGCUUUAGCUGAGAUUCUUGCAUUGCAGGGGGUUGGACUAGAUGCUCCUUGGGGUCCCUUCCAACGCUACAAUUCUAUGAUUCUAAGGCAUGGGUCACCAACCUAAGGCCUGGGGGCCGGAUGCGGCUCAAUCGCCUUCUCAAUCUGGCCCAUGGACGUCCGGGAAUCUGCAUGUUUUUACAUGAGUAGAAUGUGUGCUUUUAUUUAAAAUGCAUCUCUGGGUUGUUUGUGGGAGAUAGGAAUUUGUUCAUUUCCCCCCCAAAAUAUAGUCCAGCCUACCACAUGGUCUGAGGGAUGGUGGACCGGCCCACGGCUGAAAAAGGUUGCUGACCCCUCUUCUAAGGGCCAAAUGUAGCAUUGAAGGGAAAUGGAAAGUGAGAUCAAUACUAGUAUUUAAUAGUAAUAAUAAUAAUCAAAUAAACAAAAUGGGAAUAGAAAAUAGAGAGAUAAGAGAGGAAUGCUGUCACUGGAGGAAGAAGGGAAUGUAACAGGACCAGGGAGGAGGGAUAAAAGAAAUUGGCAGUUUUGGGGUAUGGGAUAAGGUAUAAGAAGAAUGUGAAAGGAAACUGGGAAAAGAAGUGACAGGAAAUGGGUAAAAAUACUCUUAAGAGGCAAGUGGGAGGGGGAGAAAAGGAAAAUAGAAAAGAAGAAGCCUCUUAAUCAGCAAAUUUUGCCUAAAGUAGAGAAGCCAACUCACAAUUCCUCCAGAGCAAAUGGCUGUAACUUACGUUGAAGAAAGCUGAGCUGUGGAACUCCUUGCCACAAGCAAACUGCUGUGUCAAAGAAUGUAGCAAUUUCCAAAGAUAGAUUAGAUAUCAGUAGAACAUGAUGCCUGUAUUUGCCAGCUGGUUAUGCCAAACUCUGCCUCCACCCACCUCUAUUUUGUGACUGGCUCUGCCACUGUCCCACCAUUUUGUGUUUGGUGGGCCUCGUGAGUUUUCAGCUGUCUUAAGUGAGCUGGGCCCUGGGGCUAGAAAGUUUGAGAACCCUUGUUCUAGAUAAAUGUGUUUUACAUAACACAGUGUACCAUCUGGAGAGAUUUACAACACUUCAUUCAGUUUUCCUGAGAGGUGAAUUUAAAUUAGAAUAAUGUAUAGGUCACUUAACACUGCUUCACUCUCAGUUGCACUUCCUUAAUGUAAUUUACCUCACAGGGUUGUUGGCAGGAUAUAAAUGGACACCCAUUUAUGGUAACCAAAGGGUCCAUAGAAGAAGGAUGGGGUGUAAGUGACUUUUAUAAUACCCCUUUUCUCUAGCUAUGUACUUCAUAAAAUUUUGGAAACCUAUGAUUUUUUUGUUUUGUUUUUAAGGUAAAAUUAAAAACGAGGAUUUUCAAAACAUGAUCAUAGCAGAUCAAGAUAAGCCACAAGAAGUGUAGCAAUUCUUUUGUGUAGGGCAUUAUGGUUUUGUUUUUUUUGACAGUUAAUUUGUAACAUAAUUUGUAACAUAAACAUACUUUUGCUACUUCUGUGGGUCCUAUCCAACUUGUAUCAUACUCCAAAUUGACCAUUGAAAUGAAUGGACUUACAUAACUUAAAUGCUUUAAUGUUAGUGGAUCUACUGAGCAUGAUGGUGGAGAUCAAUCGGUCUUCCAAAUGACACACAGUCCAUUUUCUGCCUUUCCUAUUUUCCUUCUGUGUGGCUUGCUGUGAUAAAGACUUAAAGCAGAGCUGUGGCGUAGACACUCCCUCCCAUAUACAGUGUAUCAAGUUUGAGGUUGUGAUCCAGAAACUGUAGCACAGAAAAGCAACGAUUGGGUUUCCCUAUAUUUUUUUCGUUUUGUUGCCCUCCAGGUGUUGUUGAACGACAGUUCCCAUCAUCCCUGAACACUGGCCACGCCAACUGGGUGCUGGGGUUCAAUAGCACCCCAUAGAUCCCAUUCCCUGUCCUUAAGGAUCUCCUCCUUUAUUGGACGUGAUCAGCACUCCAAACAUUUUUAACACCUAUGUGAACUGAAGUUACUUUUAUUAUAAGCCAGGGGUCCAAAGAACCAUGGUUCUGCAAUCUUAGGGCAGGCUUGCAAUGGCAGCUCCUUGUACAAGAUAGCAAACACUGUUUGAAUGGAAGGAACGUUCAAAUGCAGAUUGUAGUAUAAUGUGAGGGUUUGCUGCUUGGUGAAAAUCAUUCUUAAAAUCUCACCAGGGAAUGCUGAGUGAAGCCUUUGGAUGAACCAGCUGAAUCAGCUGUCUUGGAUACUGGUUAUUAUGGUUAUGGCUGUUUGCAGUGUUCGGAUGUAGAGGGUAUUCUGAGCAGUUAGCUUACUGUUUUCUUUUUAGGUGUAUCAGCAGGUGAGCCCUGCCACUGCCAUUAUUUAAUUCUCCUCUGGGCUGUAGUGUGGAUGCUGACUGCUAUUCACCCUGUCCCAAAACUGCAGGGAAAUGAAUGAUGUCUCUCAGCCUGCCCCGCCCCAAUGUUCUGCCUCAUCCUUUUGGCUUAGAUGUGAUUUGGGGGUUUGAGCUAUGGCCAUCAAAAAUUGCUCAUGGUUUCCCUCUGUGGUGUUUAGUCUGGAACCAUUUCUCUAAAGCGAGACAAGGGAUUGAUACGCUGCGUUCUCCAGUCUGAAGAGGGAAUCUGAAACUCUUUGAGGAGGCACCAGGAAGGUAGAGUCAAACCUAGAAGCCUUGCAAAACUAGAAAUUCCACUAUUGUUUCUCCUUCAAAUUCAGAAUUGGCCAACCUUGUUCUUGUAAGGUGUGGAAAAGGCGACUGGAGAAAAGUUUUUCAGCACUCUCUUAGAAUGCUGUUAUUUAUUGAAUUUUAUUAUUCAUUGGAGUUGUACCCCACCCUUCCUCCUCAAGGAGCCCAGGGCAGCAAACAUAACACAAUUUAAAACCAAAGGAAGCCAAAACAUUGUAGAACAGUUAACAUAUCCUAAAAGCAGCUACUGUCAAAAACAUCUAACAUCAAUUAUAGUUUAAAACAGAUAAAUGCUCCUAGUUGUUUUCCCCCUUACUGCUUUUCUUCAUUUCAGGGGAGAGAGUUUGCCAUUGUGAAAACAGCUGGGAAUAAGAAAUCCUAGCUGAUCUGCUACAAAUCACCCAGAGAUCUGCGAAUAGAUCCAAAGUUGCUGACGAUCAAACAAUUUCUUUGGCAACAGAGAGGUCUGGGAUUAACAAAGCCUUAAUGUUUGCAGUGUUGGGACACGGGUGGCGCUGUGGGUUAAACCACAGAGCCUAGGACUUGCUGAUCAGAAGGUCAGCGGUUCGAAUCCCCACGACGGGGUGAGCUCCUGUUGCUCAGUCCCUGCUCCUGCCAACCUAGCAGUUCGAAAGCAUGUCAAAGUGCAAGUAGAUAAAUAGGUACUGCUCCAGCGGGAAGGUAAACGGUGUUUUUGUUCGCUGCUCUGGUUCGCCAGAAGCGGCUUAGUCAUGCUGGCCACAUGACCCGGAAGCUGUACGCCGGCUCCCUCGGCCAAUAAAGCGAGAUGAGCGCAGCAACCCCAGAGUCAGCCACGACUGGACCUAAUGGUCAGGGGUCCCUUUACCUUUACCUUUAAUGUUUGCAGUGCACCAAAGGCAAGGGAUAUUAUAGUUCUGGUGUAGCUCGUGUAUUUAUGCUGUGAGGGGCUAUUUAAUCUAGAAUAUGAAAAUAAGUGGGAGUUUCAAAAUGCUGUUUACCUUUCCCGUGCCUUGUUUGAGAGAGAAUUAUUUCUUGGUGGUGGUGCCUUAAUAAUAGCCUAUAGAGGAGCAGGCUUGUCUUCUCCACCCAGGCCCAUUAAACAAAGGAGAGGUGAGACACUUCUGGGAAAUGAUCAUUUGCCACAGGGUUAUUCAGAUAGCACUUUGCUCUUCUCCAGAGCAUCCAUACAGAACCUUCUCCAUGCCCAACAAUUUGCAUAGGGAUGCAGGGGGAACUCCUUGUCCUUCUGUUGUUCAACAGCUCCAGUCAGAAUGGUUAGUGGCCAGGAAUGAUGGGAAUUGUAGCCCAAUGACAUUAGGAGGGUGCCAGGUUCGCCAUCCCUGACUUAGUGUCUUCCUGAUGCAUCUUCAAAGGAACUAUCUGAAUAUCAAGAGCAGGCAUAGGCAAACUCAGUCCUCCAGAUUUUUUUGAGACUACAGUUCCCAUCAUCCCUGACCACUGGUCCUGUUAGCUAGGGAUGAUGGGAGUUGUAGUCCCAAGACAUCUGGAGGGCCGAGUUUGCCUAUGCCUGAGCAAGAGGCAUACAGUUUCAGGGCCCAAAUUCACUCACUGUCAGAUCAGACAUCCGGGUGCCCCACCUACAAUAUCUACUUUAGGGUGAAAUCUCCUCCUCACGCACACACCCUGUUUUCAUCCUGUUUAGUUAUCAAAGGAAGAAACUGCCUGGUUCAUGCACAAAGUGGUGGUGUUUUUCAAAUGAAUUCCUUCAAAAUGCAUUCUGAAAAUGAAAGGAGGUAACCAAGUUGGCCAUUAAUUUUUUUCUUUUAAUGGUAGUGCUAAUUUUAUCAUUUGUACCUAAUGUAAAAUAAUUUGCCCUGGCUGUAAAUCCUCCCCUGAUGCUGUACAAGGCUUUGUUGUCCUGUGUAAAACACAACUUAUAGCAUACCGUUGAAACCCUUCUGGAUCCACCCUGAGGCUAAGGAGGUGCCCACAAGUUAUUGCAAAGAUUAAUUUCAUUCUGAGAUGGAUAUGGCGUUCUGCAGCCCAAUUGUGCAUGUUUACACAACAGCCCAGUUGAAAAGAGGUGCAGAUUUCCGUCCAGUCUGGUUGGUUUCGGUUUGUGGGCUCUGUUAGAAUCGGUACUUCAAAACACCUGGGUUUUAGUGUGGCUUCUUGCUGUCUCUCAAAAGUAAAUGGUCUAAGAGGUACCUCUGAUCCAGGCUGCAAUUUGAUACCCCUUUACCUUGAGAGUAAAGCCCCAUUGAGCCCUAUUCAAUGUCAAUAGCACCAUCAAAGAAUAGAAUUUUCAGGGCAGCUGUUUCUAUAUUUAUCAGAGAGCAGGCUUAUAAACACACUUCCUCCAGGGAAAUUUCUGGCCCCUUCAGCUUCCUUUUUUUUUUUUUAAGCUCCCAAUUCUUUCUUUACAGACUUUUAUAGAAGGAAAAUCACCUAGUUGCUCAGUGAGAGGUAAAUCUGCUCUGCUGCCUUCCAUUGCGGUGUUCAGGGAGCACCAAGGCGGUGGAGUAAUCAGUAGUUGGACACCUGACAUUUGAGUUAAUGAAAUAAAAUGUAAAUGAAAAUUGCACUUCUCUAACAUGUUUAAAAGUUUUGUUCUAUUAGCAAUAAUUUCUGAAAGCUUAGCCAUAUUAGUCUGCUACUCCCAAAAAAUAAAAAUAAAACCAUUGUGUGUCACCCUAAAGUCCUAACAGAUUUGCAAUGCAAUCCUAAGCAUGCUUACUCAGAAGUUAGUCUGUGUACAUCAGUGGGAUUUACCCCUAGUUAAGUGUUUUUAGGACUGCAGCCCUAUGGUAAGUAUAAACAGACCAGAGGGUAAGAAAUAACUGUGUAGCUAAGUAAAAAAAAGCUUAUGCUACAAUAGAGUUUGAAGAAGAGGAGUUUGGAUUUGAUACCCCACCUUUCACUCCCUUUAAGGAGUCUCAAAGCGGCUAACAUUCUCCUUUCCCUUCCUCCCCCACAACAAACACUCUGUGAGGUGAGUGGGGCUGAGAGACUUCAGAGAAGUGUGACUAGCCCAAGGUCACCCAGCAGCUGCAUGUGGAGGAGUGGAGACGUGAACCCGGUUCCCCAGGUUACGAGACUACCGCUCUUAACCACUACACCACACUGGCUCUUCAUAGAAUUGAAGAACGCAGGAAUAUGCAGCUGUUCCAUAUGGGGAUCAAACUUGCAACCUUGGCAUUAUCAGCACAAUGCUCUAACCAACUGAGUUAGGUGACUCAAGCUUCUUUGUUUGAAUUCGUUAUACUAUUUAGUGGAGUGUUUUUGUUUUGGCAUUGGCUUACCUUGACUACCCUAAGCUGCCGUCCCUUCUAUACACUUUCCCCGAAGUAGGUCCAGCUGAAUUCAGGAGGACCUACUUCUGAGUAGGCCCUGAUAAGGUCGCACUUGUCAGUGAAUCCAUAAGCCUUUGUCAGCUGGGGUAGUUCAGCUGGUUAGAGCAUGAGACUCUUAAUCUGAGGGCCAUGGCUUUGAGUCCCAUGUUGGGCAAGAAGUUGGGCAUUGCAGGGGUUGGGCUAGAUGACCCGCAUGGUCCCUUCCAACUCUAUGAUUCUUGCUGUGGGCUCACCUGUAUAAGAGCCCUAUUUUUGAUAGCAAUUCGCUGUCAGCCAACAUAUAAUCAAUUGUGCUGGUUCUUACCCCACACAUGAAUGUAUAUUCCCUGGGGAUAUUGCCCCUGGUGCAACCAUUUAGGAUAUGAAAACUUAGGCAAAGAUCAGAAGACAACCUGGAUGGUCGCCAGAUUCUGUGUACGCGCAGACGAUCUCCUAACUCAAACUAGUUCGUUAUGAAAAUCCCCAAACUCAGUUCCAUGGGUGACUCUGGGUCAACUCCCUGCGGUAGUUUAUUGUUGUACAUGGUUUUUAAAUUUAUUGUUGUACAUUGUUUUAAUUGUUUGUUUUUCUUCUGUGACUGUACCCCCAAGUGUGUUUUAUAAGCUGGUCUCCGACCGUAAUAAAUUAUCUAUCUAUCUAUCUAUCUAUCUAUCUAUCUAUCUAUCUACCUAUCUUUCUAUCUGAGCCCUGCUGGAGACCAGUGUGGUCUCACAGUGGCCAGCCGGAUGCCCUUGAGAAGCCCAUAGGCAGGAGGACACUUUGCAGCAGCUCUUUCCCCAGUUGUGUUUCUUCAGAGGCACACUAACUCUGACAGUGGAGCCGCAACACUGCCAUCGACAGCCUUAUAACCCAUUAGUUUGCCUAACCCCCAGCACAUCGCAUGGGAGCAAAUUCCACAGUUCCAACUAUACCCUGCCUGAAUAAAUAACCACCUUUUUGCCCACCCUGAAUCUUCCAACAUUUAACGUGGUUGGAUGUGUGUAUGAGAGGGAGAAAAACCACUUCUGUACGUUUUCUUUGCUCUGUGGAUAAUCUCAAGCACUUCUGUCGUGUCUGACAUUUGCCUUAAUUUCCAAACAAAGCAAAAAACAGUGCCAAAUGCUGCAACCUUCCUUUGUAGCCCCCUCAGUCAUUUUGCUUGCCCUUUUCCUGCCCUUUGUCCAGCUCUGAAGUGUCCUUUUUUGGGGGGGGCGCCACAACCAGAACUGUACACAGAAUGGCACCGUGCAGUUAAUUUACCUCACGAGCUUUUGCUCUGGAAGAACCUAAGUAUAUGAGGCAGACUUGUACAGAACAUGUGCAGAUGCCAAAAACAACAACAAUAACAAAAAGGAAAUAAAAAAGAGUAGGUAUAGUCAGAAGCCGAAGCCACGAAAACUGCUGCCAACAAUGUGGCUGGUUAGUCAUUUCUUGUGUGUUUGUUGUGGUCAUGUUCCACCCUUCCUCCAAGGAGCUCUGAGCGGUGUGCAUGAAGGCUGCCUCAUCUUAUUAUAUGUUAGAAAAUGUCCUGUCAUAUGAGAAUGUGUCAUCCCUCCACCACUCAUGGCUCUCUGACUUCGUUUCACUAGCAGUUCCCUAGAGAAUAUAAACUCUCUCCCCCCCCUCCAUUUCCAGAUAAUAGCAAAUAAUUUCUUCUCUUCCCAUGAGGCAAGUUCUUUAGGCUCCACUGCAUGCCUUCUGUGUCCAUCUUUUCCUCUCGCUUUUGUGUCCUCUGUAAGUUGUUCCCUCAUGUUCCUGCUUUUGAGUUGGACGCCUGCGUUUUGUAGGGGGCUGCAGUUUACUGAGUCAGACGUUCUCUGAUCACUCUCCCAUCUACCUCUUCCCUCGAGUAGUCCCACUUCCUGUGCCCUCUUCCAACACCCACAGACUUUAAAUCAGUUCUUACGGGCACUUCUGAUAAAAGGUUGCGCUGGUUUUCCACCCUGGGUGUUCACCAUAGAUAUGCCAAGAGAUUACAGUGAUGGCGUUGCUUGUCUACAGAGAAUAAAGGCCAAUGGUGGCUUUCAGUUGUAUAAUGGAAGUUGAUGCCCGCAUAGCUGGUCCUGUUAUCUUGGCCUUGUGAGGGUUUUCCUCCACUCCCAAGCCACCUUGACCUUUCAUUUUCUUGAGUAGUGCUGCUGUGUGUCAUUCUAUUGCAGACCAUUUCCCCUUGAGCAAAUACUACAUUAGCAAACAUUUUAUGACAUCACAGUAGCUCAGUUGAUCCCCGUGAUUAGCCCUCUGACAGAUGGAAAGCAGAUGGCAGCCUGUGGCUAGCCUGUUUCUGUUUGCCGAGGGGAUAAUUGUAUUGUUCCCUACCACAUUUCACAAACGGAAAUAAUUAACGCUCCUAUGCAUGGAUGGGGUGGGGUGGGGGAUGUUUGAGACUAUGGGCAGAGUUCAGCAGACCAACAGUGGCCUGGUGUGUGAUGGCCGUGUCAGCAAAAUCCAGACACUCAUGGCUUCUCAGAAAGUGGGAACUAAAGGCUCCUGCAAGAAGAUUUCUCUAGAUGAGAAAAGCACCAAGGCAAGUCACACGUUGCAGGGAAAGUUAAAAUUAUGUGAAGGACACACAUUGCAUGGAUUCUAACGUACUUUUCCAUCUAUAAAAUGCCCCCAUCUAUAAGACCCCCCAUAUUUUGGGGGACUCAAAUUUAAGAAAAUGGGGGGAGAGAUGGCUCAGAUUUGUUGAGUUUUUUUUGCGGAGGAUUGCCCAGAGUUUUACAGUGUUUUUUUUUUGGGGUGGGGAAUUGCCAAAAAUUGCUCACACGCAGCAUCGACACUGACAAUUGCAGACAGCAGACAAUUGCCCACUUCUCACAGCGACAGACAAUUGCAAACAGACCCUUCCCCAGCAAAAAAAUCCUUACCCAACUGAGAAAAGCUGUCCGUUGGCAAUUGCACGCAUCCCAGAACAGCCACCGCCAAUUGCGGCAGCGGCAGCCAAUCAACAGCAGUGUUUGCUGCAGAAGCCAAUCACCAGCCCAAUUAGAGAAGCAGCAGCCAAUUGAAAGCAGCCCUUCUAGCAGCCAACAAUCAUCACUGACAAGCUCCUGCCAAUCACCUGUCCACCCCAUUCACUAUCCAUGGAUAAGAUGAGGCAAGUUUUUGAACAUAAUUUUAGAGUAAAAAAACCUCGUCUUAUACAUGGAAUAGUACAGUAUUUGGAGGAUGUUCAUAGAAUCAUAAACUGGUUGGAAGGGAUCAUGAGGAGAAUUAUCUAGUCCAACCCCUUGCGAUGCAUGAAUCUCAAUCAAAGCAUCCAUGAGAGAUGGCCAUUGAAUCUCUGCUUAAAAACCUCCAGUGAAGGAGAGUCCACUAUGCUGGUUCUGUUUUACAGCUGGAGAAGACUUGACACACAGCAGUAAGUGGCAGAGCCCAAGAACAAGCAGCAAAUCCAUGGCAGGGAAUUCUUAAAGCGGAAACUGCAUCUGGUAUUGCAGUGCUAUGGUUUUCACAGUAGUGAUGUAUGGACGUGAAAGCUGGACCAUAAAGAAGGCUGAUCGCCAAAGAAUUGAUGCUUUUGAAUUAUGGUGCUGGAGGAGACUCUUGAGAGUCCCAUGGACUGCAAGAAGAUCAAACCUCUCCAUUCUUAAGGAAAUUGGCCCUGAGUGCUCACUGGAAGGACAGAUCAUGAAGCUGAGGCUCCAAUACUUUGGCCACCUCAUGAGAAGAUAAGAUUCCCUGGAAAUGACCCUGAUGUUGGGAAAGAUGGAGGGUGCAAGGAGAAGGGGACGACAGAGGACGAGAUGGUUGGACAGGGUUCUCGAAGCUACCAGCAUGAGUUUGAGCAAACUGCGGGAGGCAGUGGAAGACAGGAGUGCCUGGCAUGCUCUGGUCCAUGGGGUCACGAAGAGUUGGGCAGGACUAAACGACUAAACAACAACAAAUUGCAGUGCCUCUGAGCAUAUGCGGAAUGCUUUGCUCUCAGUAUUAAGGGAAUGUGUGUCCCUUUUCCUCUGUCAGUGCCCACUUUAAAAUUAAGAAGCAGAGUGACUCUGAGAAGGUCAGAGUGCCUUUACGUUGUCACUUCUUCCACAGUCAUAAUAAAAGAGCGUUUUCCUUUGUCCAAGGCUCAGAAGGAUGGAAGCAGGUGUGGUUUCACCCAAAACAGGACUCUUGCCAAUAAUGACUCCCCUGGCUGAAUCUGAUCCGCUCCAACACACUGAUGCCAGGGAAUGGGGUGGACAGAGGUGGUUAUAGGGUAUUACGACCAGUUCGGCUGCACUGGCUGCUGGCAUUGCAGGGGGCACUGCAACAGUGAUACAGAACAGAGCAUGAGAGGUGAGGGAGCCCCAAAUUUUAGCAACGCACAGGGCGCUGCUGAAAUUUGAGAGCCCCAAUCUGCCACUGGGUGGGUGUAACGUUGGUGGUGGGAGCUAGUAGCAGGGCCCCACUUUCCCUUAAUCUGCACUCUUAGUGUGAGCAGGUCUUUUAAAGGAUUUGGAAUUUGUGAAGGCUCCCUACAGCUGAGGGAAAAAACCAAUCUGCAUGAGAACAUCUCUUGGUCUUGAUCUCUGCUUCACUCUCUUUACAGCCCAGCAUAGAUAUUAGGAGUGCCUAACCCUAUUGAUUUUUUUAUUAUUAUUUAAAAAAAAUUGGUCCUGGGUGUGUCUACAUAGGAAUGGGCCUCAGGUUUGUUUGUUCUGCACAUUUGUCAGCAGUUCAUGAAGCUGAUAACCACCCUUUCCCAGAGCAAUGGAUAAAUGAGUCCAUUUCCCCUUCUGUUCCAUUAGGGAUUUUUAUCUGCAACAGAGUUAGCCUAUGUUUAAAACCGGUAUUGAAUCAGAAAAGUUACAGAUAUUUGUCUGUUGUUUUAUGGAAGCAACUUAGUUUGAUCUAUUGAAAUUGAGGCUCUAACAAGCAUCCCAGUUUCACAAAACCACACCAAGGCAAUCCAUUAGUAAUCAGCAGUAUCCAUUAAUCAGCUAAAAUCAUCAUAAUUGAACAAAUGUCAUUCCUUUAGAGAUAGCAGUGUAGUUUGUUAUCGAAAAAUCAGAAUUACUCACACAGGAUUAAUGAAACUAAUAUGCAUUGCUUAUAAUGGUUUCAUUUUAUUAUAUUAAUUACACAUGGGUAAUUUUGAUUUUUUGAUAGCUAAUUAAAUAGGAAAAUUAUCUUUGACUGUGUCAGAGGAAUUCAUACUGUAAUGAUUAUUUUAAGCUGUACCCCACUGGCAGUAGCUAAUCCUGCAUCUCCUUCCCCCUGCCCUGGGUUGGGACAUCACUUGCAUCCACACAUUCCUUAAGUAACAAAUCAUAUACCGUAUAACUUUUGGGGAAGCAGAUUUGUUGUACUGUACAAGAACGCUAUUUGGUGAUUUCUAUUCAUCUCAGUCAUUCUUUAUGAUGUGUUAUGAAGAGCUCGCAAAGAGAGCUUGCAAACACGGGCAAGGAUUCCUGGAAGAAACUGAAGAGAGAGAGAUUGUGUCUUUUGGAGCCCGAGGGUGUGUGUGGCUGAUGGCUCUAUGGGAACACAGGAUCUGAGAGGGAGGAGUUCCAGCUGAGAGGAAGCCAGGCUGAGGGAGGAGUUAGCAACCAUCAGCAGUCAAACUUAGCUCAAUGCAGAUCCUGGGAGCUCGCAAACAGACCUCGCAAAUGGGUGUUUAGUGGGGGAGUUUAAAGGGGAGGCCCAGAGUUCUGUCUCUUGGUGUGCAUAGGACCAGAGACAUGGAGGGCGAGGGAGCUGCUGCAGUGAUCUGUCAAACCUGUGCCAUGUUUGACAUUCUGCCAGUGAACAAGGAACAGUACACUUGUAGCAAGAGCAAGCUGGUUGUCUUGCUGGAAGAGACUGGAAUUUAGGAGUUUAGGGGUAUAAACUGUUCCAAAGGAAUAGGCCAAACAGGAAGGGAGGAGGAGUAGCAUUGUACUUAAAGGAUGUCUUCACUUGUGAUGAAAUCCAUGACCUGGAGAAUGAAAAGUGGAUUGAGAAUACAGUCAUACCUCGGGUUGAAGUAGCUUUGGGUUGAGUGUUUUCAGGUUACGCUCAGUGGCGACCAGGAAGUAACGGAAUGCGUUACUUCCGGGUUUCGCCACUCGCGCAUGCUCAAACGCUCAAAAUGAUGUCACGUGCAUGUGUGGAAGUGGCAAAUUGCAGUCCGCGCACACGCACAUGCAGGUUGCGUUCACUUCAGGAUGCGAACGGGGCUACGGGAAAGGCAUCCAGAGGUACCACUGUAUAUGGGUAAAAAUGGUAGGAGAGAGACGCAACAGUGACCUUACUGUGGGUGUCUGCUAUAGACCGCCAAGUCAGAUUGAAGACUUGGAUGAUGCCUUACUAGAGCAGAUUACCAAACAUUAAGAAAGGAGAGAAAUAGUAAUCAUGGGGGACUUCAACAUCCCCGAUAUCUGUUGGGACUCAGACUCUGCCAAGAGUGUAAGGUCUGACAAAUUCCUCUAUUGCGCCACAGACAAUUUCAUUUCCCAGAAGAUGGAAGAACCAACAAGGGGGUCAUCUAUCUUGGACCUGGUCCUCACCAAUAGGGAGGAACUGAUUAAUGAAGUGGAAGUGCUCAGAAACAUGGGAGGAAGUGAUCAUGUUCUCCUGGGUCCGUUGUUGUUUAACGUCUUUAUAAAUGACUUGGAUGAAGGAAUUGAGGGGAUGCUCAUCAAAUUUGCAGAUGACACCAAACUGGGAGGAGCAGCUAAUGCCGCAGAAGACAGAAUCAGAAUUCAAAAUGACCUUCACAGAUUGGAGAACUGGGCACAAGCUAACAAAAUUAAUUUCAAUAGGAACAAAUGUAAGGUUCUGCACUUGGGCAGGAAGAACCAGAUGCACAAGUGCAGGAUGGGGGGGGGGGACACCUGGCUUGCUAGCAGUACAUGGGACCACACUUGGAAUACUGUGUCCAAUUCUGGGCACCACAGUUUAAGAAGGAUGUAGACAAGCUGGAACAUGUGCAGAGGAAGGCAACCAAGAUGAUCAAGGGACUGGAUACCAAGCCUUAUGAGGAGCUGGGUAUGUUUAGCCGGGAAAAGAGGAGACUGAGAGGAGGCACGAUACCCAUCUUCCAAUAUCUUAAGGGCUGUCACAUGGAGGAGGGAGCACGCUUGUUUUCUCCUGCUCUGGACGUAGGACUCAAACCAAUAGCUUCAAGUUGCAAGAAAGGAGAUUCUGACGAAACAUUUGGAAAAACUUUCUGACAGUAAAAGCUGUUCAGCAGUGGAACAGGCCCCCACGAGAGGUGGUGGACUCUCCUUCAUGGAUGAUUUUGCUGAGUUUCCUGUAUUGCAGCGGGUUGGACUAGAUGACCCUCGGGGUCCCUUUCAACUCUAUGAUUCUAUGCACUCUUAGUGCACCAAGGGCAUGAGAGAUCUGCACAGUAGUGAGACAGCCCAGGCAGUGUCUGCCCUGUGUACCCAUGCUUGACAACGGGGCCGGUUUGAACCCAGUGGAACUUCUGAGUAAAGCUCAUAGGAUUAGGCUGCCCUCCCCCAGGCCCUGUUACAGGAGACCUGUUGGUAGACUGGCUAGAUGCCUGUGGAGGAUAGCAUAGCUUGCCAUGCAGGGGUGAGAGAGACUAAGCACUCUGAAAUGUCUCUUGCAUAGCGAGACUUGUUCUUUUGCAUCUGGUCACUGUAACCACUCUUGCCUUUAUAUUUUGAAAGAGGGCUUCUCGCUGUUUGUUUCUGUGUUUUGAGUUGGGCUUCCAUCCUACCUACCCAAAUCGUGACCUUUCGGGCCAACGUAAUCAUCUAUGUGUUGGCCUUCCAGGGGUUUGAUAAACCUGUUUUUCCUGCUUUUUGGACUGACUGCAGGGGAAAAAAAGAAAAAAGGCAGUUGUUGAGCACUUGGCAAGUCACAACACACACUGGGUGGGCUGCAAGUUGUGUGGGCUUCUUUGAACAGCUGCGUGACAGGUAGAAGUUCAACAUGUUUAGAUUCCUCAGCACAAAAGGAGCCAAGGGGAGGGGAAAACAUUGCCUGACACACUUUUGCCUGUCGUGGAGCAAGGGCCUGCAAAUGGUGGGGUGGAACUUGCAAUUCUAUAUUUAACAUCUUGCCAUUUUUCAACAUUUAUUUUAAGUCUUCUGAAUGACUCUGGGUUGUGUGUGGGGGAUUCCCUAGUCUAAAUCUUUUUCCUCUUGAGAAAUGUUGAUCAUGACUGGACGAGUUUUAACUUUUAAAGUAACUUCUAUCUGUUUUAGGACUUUGCACUAAAGAUCCUCAGAUGGAUGUAGGAACCCAGAGAUAACUGAUUUGAGCAUUUUAGGACUGGGACUCCAGUGUUGUGGUAAAUGUAAAUGCAUUUUAAAUGUAAAUGCAUUUUAGUAUUGCAGCAGCCCAUCUGUGGUGUGUCACUACUGCUAAUGUCCAGUUUAAAAAAAAUAGUACGGUGUGCUCUUGUGCAGAGUUAGCUACGUGUCAACCUCCUGGUGUCAAUUGCCUUGUAUAAUGUAACGCUAUAUAGGACUGAGCUGUUAGUUUAGCUAAAUCAAGGCAAUCGUGUGUUUACAAGGUUGAGGGGGUCCAACCCGCUGAAAUUUAGCAUUCUUAAAUCUCAUUUAUUCCCUUGGAAUUUGAAGCACAGUUAAGGUGGCUGUCAUGUGUCCACUUGCUUAGGUGUAAGUCCCAGGGGGCAUGCACAGCAUUCAAAAUUUACCAGGUGCAUUUUGCACCUGGCUAUCGGCUAAACCACAGAGCCUAGGACUUGCCGAUCGGAAGGUCGGCGGUUUGAAUCCCCGCGAUGGGGUGAGCUCCCGUUGCUCGGUCCCUGCUCCUGCCAACCUAGCAGUUCGAAAGCACGUCAGAGUGCAAGUAGAUAAAUAGGUACUGCUGCGGCACAAAGGUAUAUGGCGUUUCCGUGUGCUGCUCUUGUUCGCCAGAAGUGGCUUAGUCCUGCUGGCCACAUGACCCAGAAGCUGUAUGCCGGCUCCCUCGGCCAGUAAAGCAAGAUAAGCGCUGCAACCCCAGAGUCAGUCACAACUGGACCUAAUGGUCAGGGGUCCCUUUACCUUUAUCGGCCACUUACAACCUAGGUGAAGAUGCCUGGGUUCCAGAAUGGUGCCUGACGUCUCCACCUUCUGGAGGUGCAUGUCUGGGGAUCCUUGGAUCUUGAUUGCCUUAACACUCUAGCAACACAUCUACUGGCGGAGGAAUGGGUGUGCGGAGGGAGCAGACUGCCCCCGGCACCACUAUUCCGGUAGGGUGCCAUCGCUGCAGCCCCCCGGACACGCGCUGCGCACCCCCCAUGUGCCGGGCACCAUGCUCCCACAGGCAGCGUGUCACGCCCCCAGAACGCACACCAUGCCCUCACGGGUGGCAUACCAUGCCCCUGGGAUACGUGCCACGCCACACCCCCAGGAUGUGCACCACGUCCCUGGGGGCGCCAGCCACGCCCCCGCCUGCUCUUUUCCCCCGGUAGCGGAGUAUGCAGCUUCGCCACUGAACACAUCCUGUAGAAUUCUAUCCAUUAUAUUUUAUCUGCACAAUCAGAAUGAAUUUCAGGAAUCAAAAACUCACAUGCUAAAAUACAACUUUUGAGCCGUCUGGCCCAAAAAUAGCAGCUAGGAAUUCUGUUUUGGCGAUUGUAACCAUGGUUUAAGGAGCCAUUUGGUGCCUAGCUUCUAUAUCUGAGUUUCUAACACUGACAUGCUUCCAAGUAAACAAACGUAGCAUUGCAUUAAAUCAUCCAGUUGAUUUCUGAAAUUUGCACCUUGCCUUUCCCACCAAAUGCUGCCCAUCCUAGCUACCAGUACAUCCUUGGCGUUUGAAGCUACAACUGCGCCAAAAGAUGGACAGUCUUAAUGGGUUUGCUCUGCUUGUCUUUGGCUGCUGAGGUAAAGAGAAGGCAGGGGUGUUCGCUUAUUUAAAGAAACCUUAUCCCUGUAGGUGUCUUUAACAAACAAACAAAUCUGAAUUGUUCUACGGUUUGCAUGCGUGUCUUUGUUUUCCAAAACGCAAGUUUUCUGUUUUGCAUCAACUGUGGUGCUCUUGUUCAAGCAGGUAUCGGUGAAGUCAGGGCCUUUUUUCAGCUGGAACUUGCCAGAACCUGGUUUCAGCAUCUCUCAGGUGGAUGCCAUUGCCAUUAUAAGAGAACACGGGGGGUGUUCAUGGGGAGUUCUGGCACCUCUUUUUCUAGAAAAAUAAUGCUGUGUGAAGUGAAUGGGAGCCAGUGACUCCAUAAUGCAGGUGUGAGCAACCUGUGGCCAUUCAGAUAAUUCAGUCAGCAUGGCCAAUAGUCAGUGGUGAUGAGAGGGUACCAGAUUCCUCACUCCUUCCACCAGGAGGUUAGUUUGGGAAUUACACUGCUGUUUUUCUGUGGGAAAUCUUAGAAAAUUAGGCCUCUUUUUAAAAAAAUAAAUAAAUACAUUUACAAUGUACUUCCUUGUAUUGAUAUCUGGGCUGGGCACACACACCCCUUUUUUGUUCUUGUUUCCUAAAUAUGUACUGCUGUUGUAGACAGCCAACAGUUUGAAAAGUCAUCUUUCCAGAAAAUUGGGAAAAGGCUGGUGGUUUUACAAGGAACUUCUUUUCUGGGAUGUUGUGCAAAAACGUCGCCCCUGAAAUGUAAGCGGGCAGUAUUUAGCCAGCAGGGAAAGACUAAUUCUUUCAAAAAUAAACAGUACACACACUCAAGUUCAGACAAUAAGAAUCAGCUUAAGCUUAGGGUAGAGGAUUUCCUUGUUUGUGUGUGAGGCGCCCUCAGAUCCCGGGGGUUGGCUUUCCCCCAGUCACUUUUGGUUGUCCACAAAAGCAGGGCAAUACGUACUUUGGGGUAAACAUCACUCUGUAAGGCGAAUAUUCAUUGCCACGAGGUGGGGGAGAAGAAAGCACCUUUUGGUUUGAUUGAUAGGGAGUUUGCAAAAUGCCUGAGAAGAGAGAACAGAUUUGAUGUCUUAACUGGAGUCUGGUAGAUGAGUUACCUUUCUGGAAAUGUGCUGUGUUGAUGCAUUGCUUGGGUGAUCCUCCUGAGUUUGAUGCUUUUUUUCAUUUAAAAACAGACGCCCUGGGGCACACCCCUUUCUACAGCUUUCUGAAAUAGAAGUGCUUGAAGAGGCUGGUGGUCAUGGUGGGCUUUUCUUUUUGGAGUUGUUCAACAGCUAGAAAUGUUCAUGUCUCCCUGCAGUGGAGAUGUGGUGAUGAUGAAAGAAGGACUUGGUUACCAUUGCCUGCCUUGUAGCUGUUCAGCUGUUCACCAUGCAAGUACCGUAUUUUUCGCUCUAUAAGACGCACUUUCCCCCUCCUAAAAAGUAAGGGGAAAUGUGUGUGCAUCUUAUGGAGCACAUGCAGGCUGCGCAGCUAUCGCUGAAGCCAGAACAGCAAGAGGGAUCACUGCACAGUGCUCCCUCUCACUGUUCUAGCUUCUGGCUUAGCUGCACACAGCCUUUUCAGGGCCACGGGGAGCCUUCAUCCCGCUGCCCUGAAGAGGCUGCGCAGCUAUCCCCGAAGCCAGAAAGCUCAAGAGGCUUUGCGUUGCUUUCUUGUUUCUUGUUUUCCUCCUCUAAAAACUAGGUGUGUCUUAUGGUUGGGUGCGUCUUAUAGAGUGAAAAAUACGGUAGUUGCACUCUUCCCCUGUGGCAGCUAUAGAGUGCAAAUGAAGAUUGCAAAUGGAAUGGAGAUGGGUGUCCUCUCUCUCCCACAUCUCCUCCACAAGGUUCAUAUUCACUCUUUAUCUUCUCCCCCAGAUAGUUCAUAUGCCAGAAGUGAGCUGCUUUGGUAUGCAUUCCCUUGAGGGCUAGGGUGUUUGCAAGGCUGUUUGGAAGAUGGAGCUUCAAGGAAAGCAAAGAGGUGCUAAAAUGGCUAGAAUAAGUUGAUAAGCUGGCUAGACAGGGAUUUUCUUUUCGCACAACCUUGGCUGGUUUGCUUUUUUGUGUGUGAGCUAUUUAGAACAGAGCAAUAUUUUGUAUACCUAUUCUCAUGGGCAAAAGACUUCAAGGUUUUUGGAUUCUAAUUUGUUUCCAUGAAACCUAAAUGGUGCUUUGUGGCUGUCCCCAUUUUAUGGAUGGGAAACUGUGACAUUUAGGCAUUGUGUAUUGUCAAAGCUCCACAGAUAUGGUAGCUGGAGAGACCUCUAGCACUCUGAAAAGCUAGUGAAAAAUGUCUCUGUCAACAGAAGCUCAUAGUUUUGCUCUUAUUGCCUGUGUCUGCUAGUUAGUGUAUAUUAGGGAUGGGCAAACUUUAGGCUUAUGGGAUCUAAAUUUUUUUUUAUUACUGGAACCAGACCUCAGUGCAGAAUAGUGACUGAGGACAAACACUGAGAAUUAAAGGCAGGGUACCUCUUAGCACAGCCCAGGAUAAAGAUCCAUUCUGGGUUCCUCCCCCCCCCCAUGCUUCCUUUGUUUCAGGAUAGGGAGAGGUCUGCCUUUUUGCUGCUGCUAUUGUUAGACAGUUGGGAGUCAGAAAUCCAUGACAACCUACUGCAAAUUCUUUAGAAAUCUGCUAGGAGACCCUGGUCUGCCUUCUGCCCCUCCUCCAGUAUAACACCUGUUGUGCCAGCACAACAUCAUCAAACAAGAUCUCUGCAUGUCAGAUAAAUAUGGUAUAGGAGAUCUUGAGGAUUGUAGUGUCGAAGACGUGCUGGCCCCUUAUUUUAGUUUUCAUUUUUAGCUGUGUUUCCAUUUUGCAAUCGCCUCCCCACCGCUGCCACCCCAAAGCACUUGCUUAACUCAACUGCAAAGGAAGUCUUUUUCUCUGUUCUUUCUUUCCUGUGCCUGCCUGACGAAUUCUUUUGAAUGCAUACAAGAUAUCUGCGGCCUCCGUCCAGAAUCCAAGCUUCCUGUUUAGCAUUAUCAUACACUUCCAUACAGACUCAGCCAACUCAGGAGGUCUUGCUGCCGCAAAAUAGUUUCUUUCCAACUGUCCCAGUUUGCUCUUCAGUUACACCCCCAAAGGGCUUCAUACGUUGUGCGGAUCCGUUGCCCUAUGUUCAAACACAAGCAUCUCCCUUCCCCUCCCAGGCUAUCGCUGUAGUGGGCUAAAUUGCUGUGACGUCUUGUAUGUAGAAAAUGCAAGUGGCGGGGCUGCCUUGACGAAGCUGUUUCACUGGUAGCUGUUAAUCGGCUAUAGAGGUGAAGGGUUAGCUCUUGCAGCGCCAGCUUUGCUGUUCAUUUACUGCUUUGUGCUAGCAGCUGAUGUGUGUAUCGUUGGCAACAGCCUCGAAAGGAUCUGGGAGCACAGCGAGAUGCUCAGAAGUGACCUGAAGCAGAGGAGAAGAAUUUUAAAAGGGCCAUUAAAAGCCCGUGGUGUAAACAAUAAGCACAGUUGUUUAAACCCAAGCUUUUGAAAGGCCAUCACUUGAAAAUGUUUAGCAGAGGAAAGUCCUUCCUCCUUCCUCUGAACCUUCACCCUUUGAUAUACAAGUGUUCCAAGAUUUAUCAGAGGUGGUGGUGGGGUUUUGCAGAGAAAGAAGCUGGCCAGUACUCCAGCUGUGAAAGCCCCAAAUGGUCAGAGGUUGGUGCUAAUAACCCGACCCUGAAAUUGUACCUGCCCCUUUAAAAGUUCCGACGGCAAAAGGAUGAGGGUGCAGCUGUUGCAUUUUCUCGCCUGCCCUACCGUUUGUGGGUCAAAAGUAAAAAAUUGUGUGUGCUACAGCAGGGCAGUUGGAGCAGCAGAGUGUGCGAUCCUGGGUGCCUACAGCUGGUUGCGUUGCUUUCGAGUUUUUAAAGAAGUCCUGGCAUAACCUUUUGGCAGGCAGCUGGAAGCUCUACACACAGCAUGUAAUGAUACUGUGAAAUACUGUAAGUAUUUCCUUGGCAGCCCAUCCCACAAAGAUCAGUGGGACUUUAAACUCGCGCUAAAGUGGUUUCAGAUUGCAGCCUAAAUUGGGCUGAGAGAAGAUAAAAAGAAGAGAGUGUCUGAAACAUAGAUCGUACUCUGCUUUUAGCCAAGCAGAAAUGUAUGUAUGUUUGUGGGAGAGGAGGGGGCGAUUAUGCCCAUACUUUUAGCAUUGGCUAUAUGGAUGAGAAAUGUUUAAAGUGCAGAAUGAAUUUCAAUUAAGUAUAGUGCUGUAGGUCUGUCUCCUUUACUCACGCAUUAAUGCUAAAGAUGAUAAUAAAGUAAGUUUUUUUCCCUUUUUCUUUUGACAGACUAAUUAAUCACGUUAAUGUUCAUGUACACUUACGGCAGCACGGACAAUCUUAUGCUCAGUCAUUUGGGAAUAAAGUCCCACAGAGCUUACUUCCUGCAUCGGAGCAGUCUGUUAAGUUGGCAGCUGUAUCAAUUUGAUUAAACAGCCUUUUCACAAACUGGUGCCUGGUUAGGGGCUGGUUUCCUCAAAGCUUGCUUUGCAAGUUUGUGUGUGUGUGUGUGUGUGUGUGUGAGCGCACAUUUUCGGGAAGAGGAGGGGACGGAUGUGAAAGAAGUGUGGCUUUAAGGAAGGACAUGAAGAAGCAACUUUUAAAAGACAGCCAUGCAUGUUUUAAUCUCUUCUGUGGUUUCAGAACGCCAUUGGGAGCCUCCCUGGAUGAGCAGAGCAACACAGUUCUAAAGGGUAAGGAUCCGAGACCUUUUAAGUGCAUUUCUGUUUUCCUGCUUGUUUGUUAGACAAAAAAAAUCCUAAUUCAAAUGCGGGUUUGAGCUGACGGUGUUAGAAGUUGUUGAGCGGGCUUCUGCAAGCCUGAAAGCAGAGGAGACAAAUGGAUCUGCAAUUUUUUUAAACUGAAGGAACUCUUAAGCAAUAUUUCUCUUGUGAUAAAGAUAAGCUGUGCUGUUUGUGUGAGAGAGAGGGAAAGAGAGAGAGAGAGAGAGAGAGAGAGAGAAAGGCAGAGAAUGAAUAUUAAGUAUUACACUGAGAAGUAGGUCAACCCCUUUCAGCACAAUCUCUGUUGGCUUGCUCUGACCGAACUUGCCACACCUGAAAAGUUACCACUUGCGCAAACCAGAAUGCAAAAGUUCAAAGUACAACAAGACGCUGCAGGUAGCGACAGGGCAGCUCCGAAGCCCUUUCAGUAGUUGCAGCUCCUUUCUUUCAAUGCGCAAGGGAGACAGGGAAUGUUUGAUCCAGGACGUUUCCUUGGCUUGAGACUCCUUGGUAAGAGACCUGCAGGCUUGCUUAAGAUGCAUUCUGUGUUAUAUGCGGUGCAGCGGUAACCAAAGGUGUGUGGUACUCAUGGCUCUGAAAUGGCCAUUUUCUUUAGCUUGGGCAUGGAGCUCUAUGGAAGUUACUUCAAUGCAUCUUUUGUGUCUGUUGUAAGACCUGCUCUCUGCAUUGAAAAUAACAAUAUCUCUUACCUUGAAGCAGACUGAGACACUGCAAAGCACUGGUCUGGUCCCCAGAUUUGAGCUUGGAGAGCUCAAAUUUGGCUUUCAAGAACAAGGAUUUUAUAUGCAUGGCUGUCAUUUGGUGCUUUGGUUUUAAGUGGGCAAUCCAGAUAACUGGAAGGGGAAACCACAACGCUAGAUGUUGAUCACUUCAAAUUGGCAUCUUUUCAGGCAUGCUGGUAAGAAAUGGAGGAAGCUUUGAAGAUGAUUUAUCCCUGGGAGCCGAAGGUAGGUGUGGUGUUAAAAUGCAUGCUUGUUCCCUGCUCCCCAAAUCAAAAUCAAGCAGCUUGUUAAAAGCAAAACCGUGUGUAGUGCAAGAUUUGCUGAACUACAGCACUCACAUGUGAGCAUUGAGAUUGCUUUCAGUCGAAGUCCAAGGACAUCUCAAGUCGAUAGAUUCUUCAUCCCUGACCUAGUCAAACUACAUGGGCUACAUUGCUUGACAAAUAGAGAGAAAGAGGAUGAUUGGAAAAACAUGAAAAGUCCUUUUAAAGAUCUGUUGGUAUAGCUACAGAUCGGUCUCUGAACUCAAAAAUCAGAUAUGUAUGUUCAUCUCAUUAUUGACAUUGGUUAAGUCUAGGGUUUGGGGUUGGUUGCUUGUGGUUUUUUUGCAGAUUUUGUGUGUGCACCUGUGCAAAUGAUUACACAAAAUUAUGUUUGAUUGGAUGCUGUCACAGGAGGGUGAUGGGAAGAAGAAUAGCUGUACCAUAGGCAGGGAUGGCAGCUGCUUCCCACAGCUGACAUUUUGUACCCAAGAUCCAGUGGCUCUGCAGGUGUCAUGUAUUAAGCGGACUAAUGGAAGCUUUUGCUAUUGUGGAGGUUGAGAGUUAUGCAGAGCAGAUCUGAACCAUGCAGGAACUGAAAAUUGAAUUUAAGGCAACCUGUCAUCCUCAAUAUACUGUGCCCAGGAAUCUCCUAGGUUUAUGGGCUCUCUUGUAUUUAUGGGCUCAGUUGUAUUUUGCACAUAAAGGGCUGCUGCUGCUGUCUCAUAGCAGCCAUGAUGAAACAAAUGUCCUUGCUCUGCCAGUUCCCUUUCUUCGUUAUACAUUGGUAUUGGAGCAUAGUCUUAAAUAGGUCUUGGAAAAGGCUUGUAUGCAACCGCCAUGCUCCUAAUUCUAACCUGAUUUGUAUAGUCUACUGCAGAUGUUACACAAGACGUGUUCAUAGCAUAUAUGGUGAAAAAAACUACAGCAGAAUUUGUCACUGCCUAUCAAGUGGCUAUUGUUGUUUGGGUGACUGCAUAUAGUCUGUUGCCAACCAUUUAUUUUUCCUGUCUUUCUCCUUUAGCUAAUCAACUGCAUCAAACCGGCGAGCAAAUGGAAAUCUGGUGAAUAUUCACACUUCUGGUUUGGGAGUCAUGUCUGGCAAGGGGAUAAGCUACCAGGCAAUCUAUAUAAAACAUUUAAAAAGUCUAAUGGGUUGUUACUGAAGGAGGUCCUUUAUUGUGGGAAAUGUUUUUGGAAUCUGAAUUAAGUAAAUACCAGCAUUUAAAGCAAAAUAAACUGAAAUCCAGUGAUCUUAAUUCAAAAACCCCAGCGGUAGCCCAGAUCCCUACAGGCACAGGGCUCUUGCUGCCAAAUAUAAAAACACAGAGUUUCUUUAAGGUCUGGUUUAAAGAUGAGGUUUGUGUCAUGAUUACAUUACUUAACUGGAGGCGUUCCGUUCAUCAUGUGAAGCAGUCAGUUGAAUUCAGUAGCUGGAAGGAGACGUAAGUGCAGCAUAGAAUACUUCUAUAUUGAAUAUAAAGAAGGUUUUGAUCACAUAAAAUACAGAUGAGCAUUUCCCCCUUCUUAACUUACACAUCCAGACUCUUUCAGGAGUUGGUGAGGUUUUCCACAAGUCAUUUUAUGCUUAUUGUCUCACCAGCUUACCAAUAAUAUACUGAAGACAGUUAAUUAGUCAUUUGGGUUUUUUUGUUUCAGCGGGUGAUAUUGUAGUGCAAUGCACCCCCUUCCUUUUUUCCCUUUUGUUCUGUAUUGCAAAAUACAAUUUUGUUGUUGUUUUCGAAAAGAAGUUGAAUUCAGCAAUGUCCCUGAACAGUGUAAAAGCUUUAGGGGUGGUUUUGUCUUCUUCCAACAAUGGAGACAGCAGAAGCUCAGAGAUGAGAGUGAGGGUUGUUGUUGUUGUUGUUGUUUUGGAGGAGUUCUGAUGCUUGAGGUACGAAUAUUGCAGCUGUCUGCUCUUAAGUGAAGGGCGUGCAUUCUUAAGAAAGGAGAAAUGGUACACUAUUGGAUUUUUGGAGUGUUCUUGAAAGAGGAAGGAAGCUAUGCUGUUCUUUCAAUGCCUGAUUCAUUUGUGUUGUCAGUAACGGCAUGUUGGCAAAGGACAAGAGGCUGCAGUUUCAUCAGAAGGGGAGAAGUAUGAAUUCCACUGGCUCGGGGAAAAGCAGUGCAACCGUUUCAAGGUAAGCAGUAUUGAUAACCCGGGGACUGGGGGUAGGUACAGACCUGACAUUAGGUUGGGCCCACUGUCUAUAAAAUGCUGGCUAUAGUCAACCCAGCCACUUGCACUUCUCAGUGCUGGAACCUGGGUGGCUUCCCAUUUUUAAUUCCCCAUAAUGCAUCUGGGCUCCCGAGAUAAUGUCUCUGCAGAGCUGGGCUCUGGCACUGUCAAUCUUUUAAUAGCUCAAUGGAAUUUCUUCUUUCCCCCCUAUUCUGCCAACAAAAGUCACCAAGCUAUGUUAUCUGUUGAUGGCCUGAGUGCCUGCUUUCUGCUUUUUUGAGGUAUAUUCACAAACUAGCACCUCCCUGGAGUUUUAUAAGCUGUGGGACAUGCUAAAUGUGAUAAGGGAAGCCAUAUUUGUUGUUCAUGUAUCUGCUCUUUUCAAAUAGACCUGAUUUUUUACAUCCAUAGAUGAUGAAAGUUGAACCUCUCAUUGACUCCCCAUUUUACAUCUUACUCUCGCUUUCCCCCUCUAUGAGUCAGAGGUGGGGUGAGGGCAAAGUACCUGGGGACAGGAAGCUGGAUUAGGCCCCUUCACUUGCACACCCAUUUACAGGAUGAAAUAGCUCCCAAUUUGUACCUGAAUGAGAUGCUACACAUGAGCCUGGCUAUACUUCUGUGUUUCCAUAGGAUUUUUUCUAAGGACCAAUGAGAAAGAUGUGCAUUGUUUUGAACAGCAUAACACAUACUAGAACUACUACAUAACCAGUUACAAGAUCUAUUGUAGUGGAGACUAGAUAAUGCUAUGUACCUUGGCUACUUCUGCUGUCCAAAGCAUAAACCAGUUAAGUUGAAUUGUUUGGAGUUGAAACUGUAGUCACAUAACCCUCACCCCUGGGCAUUGGUUCCAUUGAUCUGAUGUUCUUUUUAGUAGAUGUGCCCAAGAUUGCAUUUUAAACUUGCUUUUGAGGUGGUAGAUAGCACUUGUCUCAGAAGCGUGUUCAAAACUCUCAAGACUCUGAAAUGGUAUACUGGGGACUGAAGCAUUAAACUUGCAUACUAAGCCUAGACACAUUUAUUUGAAAGCAAGUUUUGCUUUGAUCUUGAAGUUCCUCUCAAGUCAGCAGGCCAGAGAUGGCUAUCGAAUGCCACCUCCAGUUCAAUGAAGACUACAGAAAACAGGGGCGGGCAAUGCAGGCAAGCUUCCCAUCCAACUUGUGGAAGGCUAAGGUCUGGAGUGAGUAGCCUCCUGCAUUUGUGAAGGCUCCCUGUGCACUUUAGAACCCAGGAAAAUCGGGGCUCCAAAAUGUGUGGGCAGCCUCCACAAGUGCAGAAGUGUGAUGCAAAGUUUUUCUUUUUUGUCCUCACUAUUGAAACACCUGAAGAGGGUUGUGGUCUCAGACAGGUCCAGUUCCUCAUUCCUCAACACAUGUUCUUGGAAGUAGACCUUGCAGACUCCCAGAAAACAAUUUCAUCUCCUUGAAAUGCUUAGAGCCGUAGCCUACAUCUGUUUUAAUCAGAGGACUUCAGUUUAAGCAGGAUGUAGUUCUUGCUUGUAUAGUGGUACCUCGGUUUAAGAACAGUCUGGUUUAAGAACAAUUUGGUUUACAAACUCCACAAAACCGGAAAUAGUGUCUUGGUUUGAGAACUUUACCUCGGUCUAAGAACGGAAUCCAAAUGGUGGAAGGGCACCGGCUGCAGGAGGCCUCAUUAGGGAAAGCACACCUCGGUUUAAGAACAGUUUUGGUUUAAGAGUGGACUUCCGGAACGGAUUAAGUUAAUAAACCGAGGUACCACUGUACUUGUCUGAAAGGACAAUUAAAAAAAGGGGGUGGAAAGCAAUUAUGGGGUGUUUUUGUUUUUGUCUAGUGUAUCUGAACUCCUGGAACUGUACGAGGAAGAUCCUGAAGAGGUCCUCUACAAUCUUGGAUUUGGCCGUGAUGAACCAGAUAUUGCUUCUAAGAUUCCAUCGAGAUUUUUCAAUUCGUCGUCCUUUGCCAGGGGGAUAGAUAUCAAAGUGUUUCUGAAUGCCCAGUUGCAGCGCAUGGAAGUGGAAAAUCCGAAUUUUGCAUUGACCAGUAUGUAUACUAAAUUAAGAGCACGGUUUCAAAAUUGCUGAUGUCAUGUUGAUGGCCUCAGGAGCGAGUGUUUGGGGCCCCAUCUACAGUGCACAUUUAAAGCAGGAUCACACCACUUUAAAUUAUAGGGGCUGUAGUUUGUUCAGGCUGCAGAGAGUUGAUAGGAGUCUUCCCCCAAAAAACUUUUAGUGGUUUAGCAGUCAUUCUUUGUGAGGGAAAUGGGAGGUCUAACAACUCUCAGCACCCUUAAUGAACUACAGUUCCCAUGAUGAUGAUUUUUUUUGGGGGGGGGAGCUGCAGCUAUUUAAAGUGGUGUGGUACUACAUUAAAUGUAUAGUGCAGAUGGACACUAAAUGGACUUUCCUAACAAAAUGCUGAAUGCUCUAGAGCUUGGAAACCCAAAAACAUCUGGAAGGCCAUCACUGGGUCCCCACCCCUAUUCCAGAGUGACACAUAGUGCCUACUUGAAGGCAGUUGACCACAGAUGACAGAGCAGAGGAUCUACACUGGCUUCUAGUAUGUUUCUGAGCACAAUUCAAAGUCUUGGUGUUGACCUUUAAAGCCCUAAAAAGCCUCAGCCCUGUAUACCUGAAGGAGCAUCUCCACCCCCAUCAUCCAACCUGGACACUGAGGUCCACCGCCGAGGGCUUUCUGGCGGUUCCCUCACUGUGAGACAUGAAGCUACAGGGAACCAGGCAGAGGGCCUUCUCGGUAGUGACACCCCCCCCCCCGCAUGGAACUCCCUCCCAUCAGAUGUCAAGGAAAUAAACAACUAGCUUAGUGCAGAGCAUCUGCUUUGAAGAUUUUGGCCCCAGGUUCCGUCUCUGGCAUCUCCACAUAGGACUGGGAGAGACCCCCGAUCUGAAAUCUUGGAGAGCCACCUCAAGUCAGUGUCAAUAGUAUGGAACUAGAUGCAGCAAUGGUCUGACUCAGAAUAUGUGUCAUGUCUGGUUGGCUGUAGAGGAAUGGUGAGAGGAAUCAGUUGAAGAACCCUCAUGGGGUUCUUUGAAGGUAGGGCUAACUUUGAAGGUGACCCAGAAACUACAACUAAUCCAGAAUGUGGCAGCUAGACUGAUGAUUGGGAGUGGCCACUGAGACCAUAUAACCCUGGUCCUGAAAGACCUACAUUGGCUCCCAGUACAUUUCCAAGCACACCUGAAAGUGCUGGUGCUGUUCUUUAAAGCCCUAAAGGGCCUCAGCCCAGUAUACCUGAAGGAGCGUCUCCACCCCCAUCAUUCAGCCCAGACACUGAGGUCCAGCUCCGAGGGCCUUCCAGUGGUUCCCUCCCUGCAAGAAGUGAGGUUACAGGAAACCAGGCAGAGGGCCUUCUCGGUAGUGGCGCCUGCCCCGUGGAACUCCCUCCCAUCAGAUGUCAAGGAAAUGAACAACUAUCUGACUUUUAGAAGACAUCUGAAGGCAGCCCUGUUCAGGGAAGUUUUUAAUGGUUGACGUUUUAUUGUGUUUUUAAUAUUUUGUUGGGAACUGCCCAGAGUGGCUGGGGCUACCCAGUAAUAUGGGCGGCACAUAAAUAAUAAAAUUAUUAUUACUAUUAUUAUUGUGGUGGUGGUGCAUGGUGGGAUUCAGAGGAAAGGAUACGAAACCACUUUGAGAGGGGUGGAUGUGAGUUAAGGGGGCAGGGACCUGGGUGGGCAAAGGUGGUGAAAAGGGCCGAUGCUGACCUCUCUCUCCUCCUGAAACAUUUCACCAGAACUUUGCUAGAUGCAACCAAAAUGUAUAGUUUGUGUAACUUGAAAGGCACAAGUGAUUUAAAGACUAGCCUAUUGGCAGUAACAUUUUGUAUGUGUGUGUGUUUUCCUUUUUCAUGUAAUAGUCAGAAUGACAUUUUAAUAAUGAAAUGCAAUAGUUUGGAGUACAAAGUAACAAACAGCUGUUCUUAAAAAUAAAAUAAAAUGAUUGGCUUUUUAAAAAAAUGAAUUUCGGAAAAGCCCAAGGCUGUGGGUACUCUUUGACAGAGACAUUUGAGGUUUAGCAAUCUGGUGGGCCUUUGCCUGCUAUGUGUUUGUUUUUACCUUUGCAAGUUCCAAGCAGCUUCAUUAUUGACUCUUACAAUGCCUCCCAUUGUUCUCUUUGUCAUCUCUUUGUUUUUUUGUCCUUUUGCCAGGCCGCUUUCGUCAAAUUGAAGUGCUCACCACGGUGGCCAAUGCAUUCUCUUCCUUGUACUCCCAAGUCUCUGGCACUCCGCUGCAGAAAAUUGGGAGCAUGAAUUCGACCGCUUCCAGCAAAGAGGCACCCAGCCCUCCUCCUCUGACGCGGAGCAACACGGCGAGUCGUUUCAUCAAGACCUUGUCUAAACUCAAUCUGUACGGGAGCCCGCAGGCAGGCGAAGGGGCCGGCAGCCCUGCCGCCUCACCAGUCGAGAAGGGGAAAGCCGAAAGUGGGGCUGAAGAAGCGGAGGCGAAAAAUGAGCCCAAAACUCCAAAACACUUCAAAGCUUCUCUGCUGGCUACGGUAAAAGAGGAGACGCCAAGCAACCAGUCCACUGCGGCUGAGGGUCUCAAUGCUUCGGGAAUUUCUUCUGGUGUGAAUGCAAAGCAAGGAGAUGGUACUGUGCCUCCUGAAACCAAGGACUCGGUUGAUUAUUCAGAUGAAAAAGCUGCUGCUACAACAUCCAGUAGUAUCGAGACUGAUGCGCUAGCACCAGCCACUUCUGGGCUCAAAGUUAACGCCGAACUGCAAAUAACUCCUGCUCCCGUGUUGGAUAAACAGCCCUGUGCUUCAAUAGCCAACCCAUCCAUUGCCAAUCUCAUGUUGCAGCAGAAGGACUCGUUUGAGAUGGAAGAGGUAAGUGGAAAGGCAUUUGUUUGGGCUAUGUGCAAAGUCCUCCUUGGUCUCCUAUGCUAGGGCUGGGCGAAAUAUCAAUAUAUCAUCCAAAAUCGGAUUGAAGUCCAUAUCGUGAUACUGGUUUCGUAAUUUUUGACCUGACAAUGUGUCAUGGAUUGUGGUGUGUGUGUGCUGUGCAAAAAUCACAAGGUGGGAAAAACCGUAAAGCCAGCCAGUGCUUCUCUCGAUUCCUGCAGCCCAUGUUAACUCUGCCGACUCGGCUCUCCCCUGCCUCCUGCAGGGGGGCAGCGAAUCACAAGAGCAGGUGCCGGCAAAAAUCAUGAUGUGGGAAAAACCGUGAAGCCGGCCAAUGCCUCCACAUAGCUCCAUCCUCAUUUGAGACAUCGUGAUAUAUCAGCAUACAGUGGUACCGCAGGUUACAUAUGCUUCAGGUUACAGACUCCGCUAACCCGGAAAUAGUGCUUCAGGUUAAGAACUUUGCUUCAGGAUGAGAACAGAAAUCGGGUUCCGGCAGCGCGGCGGCAGCAGGAGGCCCCAUUAGAUAAAGUGGUGCUUCAGGUUAAGAACAGUUUCAGGUUAAGUACGGACCUCCGGAACGAAUUAAGUACUUAACCCGAGGUACCCCUGUACUGCAAUGUUUAGCUGGUGAUACUUCACAAUCUUGAAAACUGGAUAUCGCCCAGCCUUACCCAGUUUUGUAUGCUCCUUUGAUCUAGAGGUAGCAUAUAGCCAUCGUGACUACUAGGAAGCAUCAGCGAGCUUAAGUACAGCUGAUGUGCUGAAAUGAUGACAAAUUCUUGCUAAAUAAACAUCUGCAUUCUGGUUAGAAGUGUUUAAGUCCACAGGAGUGGGAAAUCCAGCUUUUCCCAACAGGAAUGAGGCAAUUCCCUUUUAAAAAAAUUAUUUGUGUUUCUAAAAAUGCAUAUGAAACAAUGAGUGUGUGCUGGGAGUGCCCAGCGGCCUUCUGGUCUGCAUUGCUUUGGCAUGUUUUCAUCAGGCAUCGCAUGGCAAGCUUACAUUCCUGCAGGUUUUUCCGUGCUAUCCUGGGGCUCCUUUAGGAAGUCUGUUGCUGUCAAGAUAGCCAGUGUGGGAGUGAGUCAAGGCAAAGUUUCCUCGGGAGCCCUGGCCUCUGCCCUCUCAGCCAAUCACGAUUCUCUCAAGUCUAUGUCCCAUAUUGAUAUUGGCUAAGGAGGCGCAGAGGGGUGGAUUGGGCGGCGGCUGCAAGUUUGCAGGGUACAAAUGCUGGCGGGGCUUUGAUCCUGGGGUCCAGGCAAGGGCGGGUGAUGACAAAUGAUCUGGUCCUUCCCCCUCCAAAAAUGCCACCAGGAAAAAAUAGAAAGGUGGGAACACAAGAAGCUUAAGUGUACCCAACCGGGAGCAAGUAGACCAAGGCAACGCCUCCGAAAAGCCAGACCGUAGCAGAAAGGCUUGUGAGAUGAGCUUUUUCAAUAUGUAUUUGAUUCUGUAGGAAACUGCAUUAAGCUGUUUUGCGUGUGUGCAUGUGCAUGUGUGGUGUUGUGGUGGUUUUUUUAAAAAAAAAAUGUCAUUGAAGUAAACCUGUCACUAACACAGUGUAAAUUCUGAUACUAGUGCUAGACAAUGAUAUGAAGCAUAUUAUAUCCCUGGGAAUUUUCAGUGCAGCUACAGUCGGAGAGGCUUUCUUCCAGGGUUGCAAAUCUUGGAUGUCCAGCUUCUUCAAGUGACUUUCUUUAGAAGAUUCAGGAAUGAGUUUGUUUUUGCGAAGAGGUUUCUAACCUUCAUUUUGUUUGCAAAGAGGGGCUUUAAAAAGAGGCACUGCUUUGUGUGGCUGCUGAAACUGCAAGGCUCUGGGAAUGGGGAAGGACUUCUAAUAUUGAGGGUGAACUAAAUUCACUCACCUGGGUCUUGCCUGUCCGCAGAGAGCUUUCUGCUCUCUACUUGCUCUAGUCGCACCUUGCGUUUCCCGACUAUUCUAGCAUUUUACCAUGAGCCCCGGUGGCACUGAUUUAAAUCCACCACGGCUGCUUCUGAUGCACACUGAGAUUUAUAUAGAAUUCUGUUGUUGUUUUUAAUUAGAUGGGGUGGCAGGACUCAGGGCCAUACUGUGAACUUGGCUCUGAUCACGGUGAAGUUGAAAAAGUGGCUGGAUCUGGUUAUUGGCUUGCAAUGCAAUGUAUAUUUCAAAAAGUGAAAAUCCGGACACAAAAGUUUGUUGAGCCUUUUUGGGCAAAGUUGUUGAAGUUUUCUGCUAUUUUUAAGGAGAUUUGCUGAAAAAUCGACACUUCUGGCAUGGGUUGCCAUACGCCCGGGUUUUUACUGCUUUUCAAAAAUUCCACCCGGACGUUAUUUUUGAUGGACAUAUCCCAGAUAUGUCUGGGAAAUCCCAGACUUAUGGCAGCCCUAUGCAACAGUGUGCCUUGGCAAAGAAGUGGUGGUCAAUUAUGAAGACGAGUAGAAUUUUGAGACUCGUUUGUGCAGCAGCUUUCUCUUUCUGCAUUCCUUGUCCAUCUGUCUAGAUGUUCUAGUCCAGCCUGGUGUUUUCCAGAUGAUUUGAACUAUAGCUCCGAUCAUCCCUGGCCAUGCUUGCUGAAGAUGACUGGAGCUAUGAUUCAGGCAUUUUGGGGGGUGGGGAGGUUGCUGGGUUGGGGGAGUCUGUUCUCAUCCAGGCUGCCGUAUAACCACAAGAGAGUUCCUGUUACGCUGUGAGAUUACAUGAUUAAAGGCUGUUGCAAGCCCAAAUCUCCCAUUCCCAGAAGAGGUUUGUGUCUUGUUCCAAGCCAGUUCUGCUGCCUCUGUGUGCAGUUCCUCAGAAUAACUGCUCGUAAGAGGCUGCCUGGUGCAGCUCUGCAUGAAGCUCACAGCAGUAUUUGCAUAGGUCACUAUUGCACUUUCAUAAGCCUUCUUCAGACAUUACUAUUAUGCUAUUAUUAUUAUUAUCCUAUUAAGGAAACAUGGGACGUGGGUGGCGCUGUGGGUUAAACCACAGAGCCUAGGACUUGCCGAUCAGAAGGUCAGCGGUUCGAAUCCCCGCAACGGGGUGAGCUCCCGUGGCUCGGUCCCUGCUCCUGCCAACCUAGCAGUUCGAAAGCAUGUCAAAGUGCAAGUAGAUAAAUAGGUACCGCUCUGGCGGGAAGGUAAACGGCAUUUCCGUGCACUGCUCUGGUUCGCCAGAAGCGGCUUAGUCAUGCCGUCCACAUGACCCGGAAGCUGUAUGCCGGCUCCCUCGGCCAAUAAAGCGAGAUGAACGCUACAACCCCAGAGUUGGUCACGAUUGAACCUAAUGGUCAGGCGUUCCUUUUACCUAAUAAAACAUGUGAGAGGCACGGAAGUGGGGAACCAAGCAUGCCAGCUCUGCUCCCUCCUUCUCAUCUUCAUCCCUCGUCUUCUUUUCACUGACUCAUAGAGUUGGCAGUGACUCUGAGGAUCAUCUAGUCUGGGGUUUCCUCAACUUGUGUCUCCAGCUGUUUUUGGAUUACAGUUCCAGUCAUCCCUAGCUGGUCAGGGAUGAUGGGAGCUGUUGCCCAGCAACAUAAAGAGAACCACAGGUCUCCCAUCCCAGGCUAAGCCUUUGUAAGGUUCUAAGCACCUACAUCAAAGUUCCCUCUGGCAUAGACUCUUGUUUAGGAUGAGGAUUAGACAAGGGCAGUCAACAGAAGUGGCCAUACUAGGAUUUCUAGAAGGAAGCUGAACUAUUUUGUGUGUGUGUGUGUGUGUGUGUGUGUCUGUGUGCCUGUGAAAUCCAUGUGUAUUGUGAAUCAAGGGAUCAAUUAGCCUCAUUAUAGAAAGGAACAGGGAAGAGAAAAAUUAGGGUUUUAGCUAAACUGUGGUCAUCUUGGUGGCAUUCAUUUCCUAUUCAUUGUGUGUGUGUUUCUUGUGGUACUGUAGUUUUAGACUCUAAACUGUCUUGGAGACCACUGAUGGAAAGGGAAAGGUAUACAUAGAAUCAUACAGUUGGUUGGGACCCUGAGGAUCAUCUAGUCCAACUCCCUGCAAUGCAGGAAUAUGCAGCUCUUAUUGAUAAUAAUAAUAAAUAAACAAAUAAACAAAUAACCACUACCGAGAAGUGCACCAUGCUGUAACCAACUGAGCUAUCCAUGUGGAUCAUCUUUAUUUCAUUUCUUUUCAAAUAUCUGCAUGUAUCUCUGCUGGAAAAUUUGAGCUCUCCUACUCAUAACAGCAUCAUCUCUGACAUCACAGCCUCUAUGUUGUCCAACUUUAACAUCAUACUGAACUGUUACAGUAAAGCCAUUCUUUGAGGACUUUGCCAUUUCAAGCAUUUUCCCACGUGGUUCGGGCCCGAAUAAGUGCUUUCAGGCUGAAUCUAUUUGGGACAUGUUUCUUCUUUUCACCUUCAAGAUAGACAUGGCAAAUAGAGGCCAAAUCCCUGUGUCAGGGCUGGUGCCAGCAUGUGGAAUGCUCAGGCAGCUUCCAGUCAGGAUUCAGGGCCCUGGAAGAGACCCACCCAGCUAUAUUUGAGUUGGGGUCUUCCUGCCAUGUUCUGCCAGGGCACGGUGAAAAAGUCAAAAUGGCAGGUGCCCAUCACAGAUUUCAGUGGCAUUACUACUGUCUUCUGCCACCAUGGCAAACCCACAGAAUUGGUGAGGACCUGCACCAGAACUGUGGGUUCACUAAAUGGCACAGAUGGGGGCACAUCUGGAAUUUGUCUUGUGUGUUGUGCUGGUGCAGUGCUGUAGGAUUCAAGAUGUCUUUCCCUUUAGCCUUCCAGGGGUGUGGGGUGGGGAGAGGGAAUGACACAACAAAAUGCAUACAUAAAUCCCCCAUUUUGUUUCCUUGGACAAAGCUCAAACAGUUUUCUUUCAAUAGCAUUUAAUCCAUUCUUUUUAAGCUGUGAUAACAGGGACACAAUGCCUCAGCUUGAUAUUUUGAAAAUACGCUGGUUUCCUAAAAGGAAGUCCUUUGAUAUUGGAUGUUUCUAUUUUAAUAAACCUGUAUUAAGUCAGAGUUUGUUGUGUGAGAAAAGAGAAAGCAAGCAGUUUUAUCACCAAAGAACAUCUUGGAAUUGAGGAAAUGUCUGAAAGUUGGUCAGUUGUGAAAUGUGGAGACUGGCCACUUGAGAAGGGAGAGAACAAGUCUAGCUGCCUUCACUUAGAUGGAUUCUUACUUAAACAAGUUGGCAUAAAUAUUUGCAGUUCUUAAUACCAGCCUUAGUAAUUUAAAGAUCACACUUUGUUUUAUAGGCAGCAUCACUUUGGGGAACGUGACUGGAGACGAUUGUGUGACACAGAGGUUAUUGCAAUGGGCACAGUUACUUUAUUGCCCUGCUCACUUGAGGGAAUGCCACUCUGAAUGACCGAAUAUUACAUAAAAUGAUGGCUGGUGAAUAAAAUGAUGUUGCGGCUUGAAGCACUGAUUCAGAUAUGUUUAAAUAACAAGUUUGUUAGUGGCAAAAAAUUAUACAGGCUACCCAAACCCAUGUUGACCAUAAACUCAAAUUUGGGGAUUUGGAAGUUGUGGGGAAUCCACCCACUUCUGGAAAAAUCCAGAAUCUUCUGCCAGGUAAUAGUAAUUGGUAUUAAACCUUUUCAUAUGAAUAUUAUCAAAGCUAUGUUCCAGAAUAUGAAGGUUCUUCUCUCACAGACUAAACGUGUUACAAUAUUCAGGGUUUGCUACCUUUAGGUGAAAUGUAACAGAAGAAAGUUUUGUAUUUGUAGCUUGUCUACAGUUUGCAUAUAACCUCUGUAAUUUAAGGAAUGGCUAUUUAUAGUUUGCUGUGUCCUGGAUUUCAGAGUUCUUUUUUAACAAUGAAGAGAUGUUUUUGUGUUUCGGUAGCGCUGUUGCUAAGCUGCAAUCUUAUAUGUGCUUAAAUGGGAGUAAGUACAGCUGAAUUCAGUAGUGCUUAUUUCUUGAGCAGACACAGAUAAGAUUACACUCUUAAGGCGCCUUUGCAGGCCACUCAGAUACGUAGUUUUCUUGCAAACACAUGCAUAGAGUAACCUUUGCCAUCAUAAUGGGUCUAGACGAAACUAAAUACAGUUUUUCUGGCAAGCAAUGAGCAGAUUUCGACUGAGAGGGUGUGAUAGCCUUUUUUAAAAAAGUUUAUUCUUGAUGGGGCCCCCUCCCUCCCAAGAGUCUGGGAUUGAGUAGUUCAGAGAAAAUUGCUAGAAUGAACAAUGUAUAUGCAAACUUGGGGAUAGCAGAUGGUUUUGGCAUGGAUUCUAAUUGUUUGGACAAGACUCUCAGUUAAUUUUACAUCAUCUAAUUGGCACCUGCUACUUCUAGUAUUGCUUUUGGCAAAAUGUUAACAUGGAGUAAAGCUUCAGACACUGUACAUGCAUACACAUACAUACAUACAUACAUACAUGUCUUUCCACAGUUUAAACCAUGAUCAAGGCUGUUUACAACAUGUAAAUAUAUAUACAACAAAAGUAGUUGUAAACAAAUAAAUAAAACAUUACAAAUACGCAACCAAACCAAACAAUUUCCACAUAAAUCACAAUAAGACCCAAAAUAAAAAUGCAAAACGCCUCCCCACCCCCACCCCGCAACAGCACCCCAGCCCAAGAGUCUGUUCAGCAGCCUCAGCUUUUGUAGUUGGAGUCAGUCCUUCCCAGGCCAAGUGGAAAAGGCCCACAAGGCAGGGAGCAGGUCUUCCUGGGCUCACAGCCAAGAUGGUCUCUGGUCUCUUCAGCAGCCUCAGCUUUUGGAGACCAGAACAGGCAAUUUCAUGUGGGUGGCAAAGAGAGGGAGAAACAGAGGGGAAAGGGAGGGUUAAAGAGAAAGAAAAGCCCAGCUACUUUUGACUGUGGCUCCACUGACUUAUCAGUAUGUGGCUCCUGACAAAGUAACACUGAGAGAACAUGGCCCUUGAAAAGUAAACAUUUGCCUAUCCUUGCUAUAGCGUAGCCACUAGUCUCCAUUUUGCAUUGCUUUGGAUUGGGUGCUUUUAGUUUGACACUCUAGAUGGAAUGAGGCUGACACUCAGUGUGUCGUUCCUAGUCACACUCUUGAAUAUCCUAUUCUUAUAUGAAUUAAACAAGAAUUGUGAUGUAUACCACAUUGGUGAUGAUACGCAUCUCCCAAUCAGUUGAGCACAUUAAUAAUCUUAUCGCAAUCGAGGCAAUUGCCACUGUGUGUGGGGUGAUUAGAUUAGCUUGUGGGAUGUCUUCCUUCCUUGUUUGGGUUGGGGAGGAUGUGUUUGCUUAAAGGCAUAAUUAUUCCCUCAGUUGCCACACCAAAAAGUUGGCAGCUGUGUUGUAGCUGGUUACAAGGCUUUCUCCAAACAAUGGCUAGCAAUAACUCACUAGAACUAGGGGAAUUUAAACAGAGGUGACUGCAGUCUCAUCCUACCUUGGGGCAAAGCUAACUUCACCUGCAAAACCUGUUGAAUGCUAAUAAAUAGUAGUCACGUUCAUCUUUUAGAUUGAUUGCAACUGGUGGUGUGGUUUCUUUUUUACUUAAUUUUGAAAUUUUAAUUUGAUUCUUACAUCCGGGAUGGUUUUAUAUAUAAUUUUAUUGAUGAGGUGGCUCUCUUGCUUUGUGCAACAAGAAAAGAGACAUUUCCUCCCUUGAACAAAACCUUUCCUGUCUAGUUUCUCUUUGUUGCUGGGCGGUGGGAAGUUGCAUGAGAACUGCUUAUUUAGCAAUUAAUUUAGAGCAGCUUUCAUGCUGUUUAAACAAAGGAGCUGCUUUGUGCUACAUCUCCCCAUUCCUGCUAGCAGGCCAGCCUGCCUUGCAACAUAGUCUCUGACACUAAAUAGAACUUUAUAGAGGGAAAUGUGAGCUGUGAAACCUGUAGUGCUGCCUAUUUAAAUGUUUUGGGUGAAUCUACUGGCCAGAUUAGUCAUGAUUUGACCGCUGACAUUGGAUGGUGUUUUGAGGUGAUGUCAGGCCUUGUCUGUGGUGUUAAUUACUUUGGUAAUAAACCUACCAUGUGGUGUUAUAGAAUCAUAAAACCAUAGAGCUGGAAGGGAACCUCAGGAUCAUCUAGUCAGUGUUUCCCAAACUUGGGUCUCCCGCUGUUUUUGGACUACACCUCCCAUCAUCCUUAGCUAGCAGGACUAGCAGUCAGGGAUCAUGGGAAUCAGUGUUAGAAACUGAGAUAUGAAAGCUGGGAGCUAAAUGGCACCUUAAACCUAGGUUAUGGGCACAACAACAGAAUGUCUAGGUGUGCUUUUUUAUAACAAAAAUAAAAAGCUGAAAAUGAAUGAACUGCAGCUAAAAUAUUAUGUUUGUUUUUCACGUGGUCUCGUCUUUCCCAUGCCCACCCCCCUAAUAUUCUUAAGAGGGUCUCUUCUCCAGUCGUCAGAGAGUAGCUGGUAGUGGGGAGGGAGAGAAAGGUCCUCCUUUCCUUCCACUCUGCAGUUGUAAUCUGAAUUCUCAGGCACAGUACUGAGCCCAGAGCUCAGAAACUGCUCACACUAAUGAAAUUCCCUGUCGCAAAAUGCGCCUAGAACAAUGGGAGUUUUGAACACUGAUGGGAACUGUAGUCCAAAAACAGCUGGAGACCCGCAUUUGGGAAACACUGAUCUAGUACAACCCCCUGCAGUGCAGGAAUAUGAAGUUGUCACAUAUGGGGAUCAAACCUGCAGACUUGGCAUGGUUAGCACUAUGCUCUAACCCAGUGUUUCUCAACUUGUGGGUCCCCAGAUGUUGUUGAACUACAACUCCCAUCAUUCCUAGCCAACAUGACCAGUGGUCAGGGAUGAUGGGAGUUGUAGUCUAACAACAUCUGGGGACCCACAGGUUGAGAACCGCUGCAACCCAUGGGUAGGCAAACUAAGGCCCAGGGGCCGGAUCCAGCCGAAUCGCCUUCUCAAUCCAGCCCACGACUGGUCCGGGAAUCAGCGUGUUUUUACAUGAGUAGAAUGUGUCCUUUUAUUUAAAAUGCAUCUCUGGGUUAUUUGUGGGGCAUAGGAAUUUGUUCAUUUUUUUCCCCUUUUCAAAAUAUAGUUCGCCCCGCCCCCACAAGGUCUAAGGGACAGUGGACUGAACUGAGCUAUGUACCUGUACAAAUAAUAUUAAAAAGUCUACAUACGGAAUUGUAUCAAGGGGAGAUUAGUUAGGAUCUGCUAAAAUCCUAAAGCAAUGGGAUAGUUUUCAGCUUUCACAGAACUGUUCUGAGGAUCAGUAUUAACGUGGUUUGGACUGGGGGAGAGAGAGAGAAGGAGGUAGCUUGCAGACUUAGAGGCAUGGUAGAAACCUCUGAAACAUGUUAGUGGUUUUAAGAUCAGAAGAUUUGCCGCUGGGGCCUCUACAACGCCCUUCACGAACAGUGUCUCCCUCCACCCUUUUAAACACAGCGUUUGGGGAAGACUUUAGUGAAAUUCACAAGCUAGCUGUCAUUAACUUUAUUAUUUUUGUUUGGUCUAAAUAAUGAUAUUGUGUUACUGCAUCAAUAAACCAGCACAGCUACCUGUUGUUGUUGUUGUUUGUUUGUUUUGUUUUUAAACAUUCUUGCCUAAAAAUGAAAAGCUCUUUUGGAGAUGAUUGUGUUUUCUAUACAACAUUUCUCUUUUUUUAAAAAAAACCCAAAACCUUCAUUGCCCCUGGAAUACUGAUAUGGUGUCUUUUUAUUCCACAUAUAUCGUGUUCUGCAUGUUCCAGCUUAAGUACUUAUUUUCUGCUGCAGGAAGUCUGAAAGGGAUAUACUAGUGAUAAACAGCAAUGAAUGUUUACUUUGGAUUGCCAAAUUUGAUUGCGUUGGAUUGUGAAUCAGCUAAGUAGCUAGUUAUGUUGAUCAGUGGGCAUAACUGUCUGUUGGGCAUGACUCAAAAAAUGCUUUGAUUUUAUUCCUACUGCAGAUUCAAAGUACAGAAGGAGAGAUUCCACAUGCUCUUAACAUGAGCCAGCUGGCUUUAGCCAAAACUAAAAAAGGUGAGUAGGUUUCUCUCCUCUUUCUUUUUGGCCCCCUCUGAAAUGGCUCUGGCACAGCCCCAUUUAUUUCUGACAGUGCCCAUUGACAUGUUGAUGCAAGUACUUGGGAGCUUCUUAAAUUGCAGCCCACCCAAAAGAUCCUUGUCUGCUUCUCUGCCAGCUUUCAAAUCAUAGUGUUCUCCUUGUGAAGUGGCACUUCAAAUGAGAGAGGAUGAAUCACGUUUCUAACCUCAAUGAAUGGUUCUGCUUCUCUGUGUCGGAGAAACUGAAAGGUUGUGUUUUGCUUUGUUUUUUUAUAACGGAGCCCUGUCAUUUGAAAUGACAAUUUUAAACCUUAAAAUUACAAACUCUUUCAACCUGAAUUGUGUGGUACAUGCAGCAUUUUACUGCCCUUCAGACUGCUGACUGUACAGAAGCCUCGUACUUUUGACCGCACAGAUUGUCUUCCACUGCAGUCCUCUGCACAUGUUAAGUUCCACUGUUUCCAAGGGGGAUUCUUCCCUAGUAAGUCUGUUUUCAGGGUGCAGUAUUUAUUCCCCUCUUUCUCUGCCACUAAGGGAUGUGGGUGGCGCUGUGGGUUAAACUACAGAGCCUAGGACUUGCCGAUCAGAAGGUUGGCGGUUCGAAUCCCCACGACGAGGUGAGCUCCCAUUGCUCGGUCCCUGCUCCUGCCAACCUAGCAGUUCGAAAGCACGCAGUGCAAGUAGAUAAAUAGUUACCGCUCAGGCGGGAAGAUAAAUGGCGUUUCCGUGUGCUGCUCUGGUUCGCCAGAAGCGGCUUAGUCAUGCUGGCCACAUGACCCGGAAGCUGUACGCCGGCUCCCUCGGCCAAUAAAGUGAGAUGAGCGCCACAACCCCAGAGUCGGUCACGACUGGACCUAAUGGUCAGGGGUCCCUUUACCUUUACCUUCUCUGCCAAUAUAUGGGCAAUGCUAUUGCCCAAAGGAUGAAAGCAAGGGCAGUGUAGGAUUCCCAGCCUGCACUAUACAGCUGAUGGACAUGAAGAAAUCCCAGAAUGCAUCACAGGAAAGCACCAUUUGAUUCCUGAGCCUUGUCUGAGCAAGGAAAAGGGGUGGGAUCCUGGGAGGCCAAAUUAACUGGGUUAUUGUGCAGUGUAGCAAAGAUAUCUGCCCACCAUUCAGGGAACUGAUCAAGAAAAUGCAUUGUUCAUUGCAUGCAUGUAACUUUUGAAUGUACUUUAGAAGUUGCUAUGCAAUAUAAAUAAAAUAGACAUAUAGAGUGAAUUGUGCUUCCAGUUUCAAUACAGAAAACAUUUUGCUACUGAUCUCAAAAGUUUUGGGGAAAAAACACUGAUGCCAUGUGCAUGUGCAGCUGACAAUAGAAUUUAGGUACAUACAUGCUUGUGUGAGUGUGCGCACUUUGAGUUGAGAGCCCUAUGCUCCUGUUUAGUAAUAAAUCAGCUUGUUAUCAGACCUAGGUUUUGUUUAUUAAUUCUCCGAGUCCUUAAGUCCUUCAACCUUGGUUCAGGCUCACAUGAAAGCAUUGCAAGAUGUUAUCUCACUUCCAUGAACCUGUUUUCCACUGCCUGUUUCCAAAGCCCGUUAAUAACAAAACAGGAGUCCAGAUGCACCUUUCAUAUUUGUAGCUUGUGACUCUUAAAUGGCUGCUUUGAUACCCAUACCAGUGUUAUGCUCUUCAGCACAGAAUGUUAUGCACUUGUAAUACAUUUUGGGUGGCAUUGUGCCUCCAAGGAGAAGGUCACUGUUGCUUUUUGUAACUUACUGCGGUCUGAAAAACAUGUUUAGCAGGCAAGCAGUAAAACGUACAAUAUCUGAUUGUUUUUAUAAUCUUUGUCUUUUUUUUUUUUUACAAGCAUGGGGGCAACCCAUUCUUAGGAUUUUUAUGUUAAACACUGCUACAUUUUACAACUACUGUGCCAUGCACAAAUGCAAGCUUUUAAAAAAAUGUCACUGCCCUCUUUAUGAAUUGUGCUUAAAAAGAAAAAAGCUUAAUGUAAUCAUUUUUCAUAAUCUUCUGUUGGCUGAAAAAACAAUAUUGCAGAACAAUCUUCCUGUACGUAUGAUAUGAUGUACUUUUUAGGUAAUGCAUUUUACCCAAAUGAGUUUAUCUGGUGUGUUCAGCACCGGCAUUUGUUAUUACGUAACCCGAAUGGAGAUAUGCUUUGCUUUCUGGAUUUCUUUCCUAUGACUGGAACAAAAAGAUACCUUUGCUCUGCACUAUAAAAAUGAAAGUGCUGCUGAAAUGUCCAGCGUGUGCAAUGCUAGUUAAUUGGAGGAAGCUCAUUUCAGGGAAGGCACCACUUUCCUGCCCCUCACCCCUUUCUUCUGUGAUGGCUUGACCUUGGAGCAACAUGAGUAUUAGGGGGGGCUAGUGUGCCAGUGUUGGAGUAAGGUAGUGAUGGCCAAACUUGGCCCUCCAGCUGUUUUGGGACUACAACUCCCAUCAUCCCUAGCUAACAGGACCAGUGGUCAGGGUUGAUGGGAAUUGUAGUCCCAAAACAGCUGGAAGGCCAAGUUUGGCCAUCACUGGAGUAAGGCUUCAGAGAUCAAGGUUUAAAUCCCCUCUUGGCCACGAAGCUCACUAGGUGACCAUGGGCCAGUGUUGCUGCAUUUCAGUCUAACCUACCUCACAGAGUUGUCGUAGGGAUAAAAUGGUUGGGGGGAACCGUGAGCACGACGCUGAAGAAGAGGGUGGGUUUAACAAACCUGUAAGUAACAGUUGAUUUGUUCUUUCUGGAACCCCAGCUCUCAAGUCUCUGGCAGAUUGAGAGAGAAGUUGAACACCCAAGUGUCUUGAAAGCUCAGAAGUCAAAUGCAAUCAUAUGAACUUGCCUUAUACUGAAUCCAGCCGUCCUGUGAUAAGACAUUUGCCCAGCAUCACCUAUUUUAUAUAGCCAUUUAAAGGGUUUAUGUUGAUAUUACUAACAAAAUACAAUAAAUAAAAUUGUAAUUUUUAUUUUUUUAAAAAAAAUUCCUUCCAGUAUUACCUUAGAGAUCAACUAAGUUAGUUAUUGGUAUUAGCUUUCGACACUAUAGCACAUACCAAUAGCUAACUUAGUUGGUCUCUAAGGUGCUACUGGAAGGAAUUUAUUUAUUUUAUUUUAGUUAUUUUAUUUUGUUUCGACUACGGCAGACCAACACGGCUACCUACCUGUUAAUAUUACUAGUACUGCUUCUACAUUUGUAUCUUGCCUUGCCACUAAUUUGCUCAAGGUCAUGGUAUAUGUGGUUCUCCCCUCCUCAUCUCAUUAUCACAACAACCCUCUGAGGUAUGUUUGGCUGAGAGAUGGGGACUGGUCGAUGGUCACCAAAUGAGCCCAUGACUGGAUGGGGAUAUGAACCCUUGUCUCCCAAGUCCUAACCAUACACUACAUUGGGUUUCUACUAUACCAGUAUUCAGCUUCUGGGAUGGAUUUACAAGUGUUUUUCAGCUGAGGAGAUCAAAGUUUUGCGUGUGUCCACUGGAAAUGUGAAAUAAUUCAUUGCCACAAUUUGUUGUUGUUGUUGUUGACCAUUAUUUCAGUUUUGCAGGAGGUGUUGCUUCUUUAUUUUUAGCAGUUGCUUCCUGUUUGGGGAGGUAGUUAAUACAAAAGUUACAGAUAUGUGUGCAGACUUCAGUACACAAACAGGUCAAUACGCAGGGCCAGCAGUUCUUCAUGGCCUAGAUAUCUGAGAACCUCUCAGCUAGAGGAUGCCAUCAGAGUUGACCCUACUAACCAGCAGAUACUGGGGUGCAGCAGUAGCAACCCGCCACUCUUUCCUCCUGAGCCCACCAGCUGCUCCCCUCUGCUUCCCUGAGGUGUUUUGGAAGACAGUGUCUAUAUGGUUGUCAACUUUAUAUAGCUCUCUUUAGUUGAGCAGUGGAGAAGAGCCAACUUGCCAAAAGCCUUACAUACAAAGAUGAGGGACCUGUGGCCCUCCAGCUCCCAUCAGCCUCAGCCAUCAAUUAGGGAUGAUGGACUCUGGAUUCCACCAACACCUGGAGGCCAAGGGUUUCCUCAGGGGAUGAAACAAAUUGCAAAUGAAGACCCUGCUCCUGCACCGCUAACCAAGUUAAGGGUCAAGUAGGACAUUGCUAUGCUGUUAACUCGCUCCUGUUUUUCUGGUUUCAGGUUUAGAUCUGAGUCUGCAGAAUGCAAAAUUGACUAAGGCGUAACAGGUUCAAGCCAGUUUGUUUAGUGGAUAGGAAUGUAUGAUAAGAAUUAUUACAAAGGGGAAUUUGCUGAUGUGAAUUUGUUGGAUUGAGUUUCAGCGUGUUUUUGAGUUCGUGUGCCCUUUAAAGCAGCCAAUAAGAGCAUUUCUCUCUCUUUUGAAAAUGUUUUGACUAUUUGUUUCUGAACGUUGCUCACACUGGGCCUUCAGGUAUAAAGCAGGUAUUAAUUUUACUGUUCGUAAUGCUUUUUUAAAAAUUAUUUGGUGGUUCACAAAGGCCAACCUAAUAAAAACUUGCAAUUACUACUUUGCAAGGCCACCAUCUAUUACUCAGUGGUCCGAAAAUUUCACUGCCCUUUCUACAUUUUGAGCACAGGGCUUAUAAUAAUCAAUCUCAUUUAGAUACUUAUUCAGACGUAUGGACUGCUUAUAUUAAUCUAUAUGUUUAAAUUGAGGCUGGUGGAAAAAAUAUUUUAAAUGUCCCCCUUCUCCUUUUCUUUUUGUUAUAUCUGCAAAUAAACAUUCUAAAAAUUAAAAAAUGAACACCACUAAAUACUUUUGUCACCCUUGUCUAUUGUGGAGGAGCCAUAGCUUGACGAUAAGGCAUAUCUUUUGUGAGUUGAGUUCCCAAGUCCAGUCACUUGCAGGCGUUGCCAAUUUAAAACACCUUCUAACAGGAGAGCCGAUUCAGUUGGAAAGCUUGCCCCUAAAAGUAGCCGCUGCUCUGAAUGACGUUUGUGUGAAGUCAUCAAAUUAUUAACACUCAUGAGCAGCAAGUUGAACCCCCUUCAAAUGUUAAAAGGCUUUCUUGACUUAAUCUGCUCUGUAAGACUCUUGAGAGCUCCUGAUGGAUUAAUUGUUAUUAUUUCUUUCAUGUGCAACUUUGUAAGAAAUGUACUGACUGUCAGCUCCACGGAACCUUUAAAAACCUUUCAUCAACCUUUUAAGAAACUGCACUGCUCCGUUUUUCAGCCAUUCCUUAUAAAUUAUACAGUUUCUUAAAGCGAUUUAGGUGGGGAGGGGAAAAGAGGAGUUUCAGUUGGAUCCUGCCAAAAUGUUUACUCUAGCUGUGCACUUUAAUUCCCCAUAGAAUCCUGAGAUUGUAAAAUGCCUCUUUGUGGCUUAUUUUAUUUAUAACAGAACUUUGUGAAAUGUGUAAAGGUCUGCCCCGUGCAGGACACAGUCUGCCUGCAAGGACACCUACUAAAUCCAGCAACAUCCAUUGACGCAGUUAUAUGUGACUAUUGCCAGCAUCUGAAUGUAGGAGGCUUGCCUAUAUCAAGUCAGACCAUCCAUCUAGCUCAUUAUUGUCUUUACCAUUGUUUCUCAAACUUGAUGUUAUUGGACCACAACUCCCACCACCCCUGACCACUGGCCCUGCUAGUUAGGGAUGAUGGGGGUUGUAGUCCAACAACAGCUGGAGACUCAAGUUUGAGAAACACUGGUCUAUACUAACUCUCAAUGGCUCUCCAGGGUUUUGGGCAGGAGUCUUUACCAGCCUUACCUGGAGAUGCCAGGGGUUAAAUCUGAGGGUUUUUUGCAUGCAAAGCAGAUGCUACAGCACUUUCCCAAGGAAGGAUGCUGCGCUUCCUUGGAUUUCUGUGAUGUGCUCCGCUGCAUCCAGAUGUAAUUGGGCAUUUGCAUGUUAAAUGCCAGUCUGCACUAAGUAGGUAGUGGUACUUGGCAUACUGCCUCCUUGAUGGCUGAAGCUCUACGUAAGCUAACAGAUGGUUGGGAGCAUGGCAGCCUGCACUGAAUGCAGUGUGUCUAGCAGUUUUAAAAACAAUGAAAGUUUUCCUUAGUUUUGCAAGAGGAAUUUCAGUUUGGGACGCCUGUCUACAGACCAGUAGUUUUGCUAGGGCUGCCAUACGUCUGGACACAUCUGGGAAUUUUUCCUGGACCCAUCUGGGAAUUGGGUGUCAAAAAUGGCAUCCGGGCAGAUUUUUGCUGUAUCAGCAAAAUGUCCGGGAAAACUCAGAUAUAUGGCAAGUAGGGUGAUUUUUUAAAAAAAGCUUUAAAAAUUAUCUCCAAAACCCCAACUUGUUUGGGAUUUUCACUUUUGGGAAUAUGGCAACUCUCGUUUUGCUGACUGUUUUUGCUGUUUUGUUUUGCAGGAUUUGAUAUAUGUGUUUUUAAACAGCAUUUUAUUGUUUGUUAUGAUUGUGAUAUCUUCUAUCGUGUUUAGUUGCCCCAUGCUCCCAUUGGGAGGAAAAGUACAAGGAAAUAAAUACAAAAGCCAAUCUCAACAUUAUGUUAUAUACACCAGAAUGACUUAAGAACAUGGAGUCCGGGGGGGGGGGCGGGCUGCACAGAUAAUGUUCUUAAUGGUUAGAGUCACUCGUGGGCAAGAAGCAGGUUUAAUUCAUCAUUUUAGCAGGAUAUUUGGACUGCUUUAUUUAUUUGUCUGCUGAAUUCAAUUUUAAGAUGUGUCCAGUUUUGAAAGACACUUGACCUGGCACACAAAUCUGCAAAUGACUUAAGUCGGCCUGUUUAAACUGAGCAAGUCACACUGAAGCCAAUGGAAAUACAGUAAAUCAGCAGAAAUCCAUAAGCUCUUCCUACUAGACCACGUUAGCACCACUUGUGUUGUACCAAGCUGAAAGCAGCUACUAGCCAUGUAUAUUGCACCUGCCCAAUGUUUGGCAGUCCCUGCUUCUACAUCCCAGACAGCAAACAUUGGUUGACUUGCUGAUGGGAGACCCCAUGUGGCUGGUUGACUUUGUUGGCUUCAUAGGUCACAAAUAGUGUAGACCUGUGCAUGGAUCAGAAUUUUCUAAGUCUCUACAGGCUAUAACUGGAGAGUUACUGCUUUUCCAGGAAGGAAGGGGAGGGGGGAACCCAGAGGGUUAUUAGUGUCUCCCUAAACUAUACAAUGCCUGUCCUGGAAUUCACACGAAAGAUGGCUCCUCUCAUACUACCGGUAGAAAUUCUUUGAGUUCUUGUUCUGGCAGUGUGAUUUGGGCAAAUGGUUUCAAAUCACAACCUUCGGGAUGGAACAGGCCAAACAUUGCAGUUCUGCUCUUCGUAACUAAAUGCAGAUUUGUGUCUGUGUUGGUUCACUAGAUCUGCUGCAGACAAGUUUGUUUGAACCUCUUGGUUUCUCUCGCUUUCGCAGACCAGCUCUUACGAUCGGCAAGUCAGCAUUCUGACAGCAGUGGUUUUGCUGAGGAUUCUUCCACAGACUGCUUCUUGCUGAAUCAGUUGCAGGUACAAACCUUAUUUUUUACCAAAAAACGCCAAUGCGUACAUGUUUGGGGGGAGAGAUAUAUAAAGUCCUAGGCAUAUUUUAAAGUUUUUUAUUGGCUCUUGGAGACUGAGUAACAGUAAUGUUACAGCCAUGAAGCUUUCCUCAUUUUACUGCCACCAGUCAGGGCUUUUCCUACAGCCGAAACUCGGCCGAACUCAGUUCCGGCCCCUCUCAGGUGGGCGCCAUUGCCAUUCUAAAGAGAACAUGGGAGGUGUUCAUGGUGAGUUCUGGCACCUUUUCUUCUAGAAAAAUAGCACUGCCAGCAAAGCUGCUUAUAGGGUUGCCGUAUUUUGAAGAGCAAAAAAGAAGAUGCUAUGACCACUCUCAUUUUCAAUACCCCUACUAUAUGUAGGCUAUAGAAGCUGUGAUAUAUUGCUGUUCGGGGGGGGGGGGGGCAGGAGAAGAGAAUAGAAAAGCCACCAGUUAUGCCUAUGUCUCAUCCAGAAGGAAUAGCCAGAGACAUUUUGGCAAAUUUAAAAAAUCCACCUGGACAUAAAUUUUACUCCUGAGAAAGAGGACACAUGGCAACCCUGUUUCACCAUUUACAAAAUUUUGUGUAAAUCCUUACACAAAUCUAUUUGUUUCUUUUUGACUACAUUUUUAAAAUUAUUUUUAUCCUGAUGCUACGCUGGUUAUAUGUAGGUGUACUUCUUUUACUGAGCAUAAAACUUUCUAAGAAUCGCUGCAAAUGUAUACUUCAGUCCUUGUUGCAAAUGUAUAUUUUGGUCCUUGUUGCAUGCAUCAAGAAAUGGAAUCAGCCUGAAGAUAAACUAAAAGUCCAUGUUUUAGGCUUUGACCUGCUUAUAAAAUAAGUAUUAGGGCUCAUCUGCCUUGCAGGAUAAAAUCACAUCGAUGCGCAAGUCCCCUCCCCACAGUCGUUGGUGUUGAUCUGGGCAAAAAUAUGGUAUUUUGUAGGUAUAUGACUACGUUCACAAGCAGUAAAAUGCUGUAAUGUCAUGAGUAACAUUCUGCUUGUGUGAAUGAAGGCAUUGAAAGGCAGGAAACUUGUAAUGUUAGCUUGAGCAAAGCAAGCUUUGCUUGUGCCAUGAAGUUUUUAAAAGACUGCCUGUCCGGUCUCUUCCUGUGCACUUCCAGCCCUUUCUGCUGGCUUGAGCAACAAGCUUCUCUGUAAGAAAUGGAAAGGGAUCCAGACUGAAUUGCCAAAGACGACUUACCUCAAAAUAUUAUAAAUUAGUGCCCUCUGCUGUUAAACAGAUUUUUCUUUAAGGAGUAGAAUAAUGUUUGGUAUUUUUCUUCUUCUUUUUUAAGUGGCAGAAAAUAUAUUGUCCAUGUUUAUAUCCUGCCUUUUCUCCAGUGAGCUCAAGGCAGCAAACCUGAUUCUCUUUCCCUCCCCAUUUUUUUUAAAAAAAUACCUUUUUUAUUUAUUUUCAUGGUACAGAAGAUAAAUUUUGAGAAAACGAUUGUCACAACAGUAAACAACAAAUAACUUGUCUGGAUAAAAUUACAGACUUUUGUCAUGCCAUCUGUUAAAGUUUCAUUUGAGAUCAUGCCACAUUUUCCCAUGAGCACUGGGUAGAUUCCUGGUGCAGUCUGAACAAGGUAGGUUAAGCUGGCUGGCCCAAGCUCACCCAGCACGGAGCUUCUUAGCUAGGUGCAGAUUUGAACCUGGGUUUCAUCUAUCCUAAGGGACGCAGGUGGCGCUGUGGGUUAAACCACAGAGCCUAGGACUUGCUGAUCAGAAGGUCGGCGGUUCAAAUCCCCGUGACGGGGUGAGCUCCCUUUGCUCAGUCCCUGCUCCUGCCAACCUAGCAGUUCGAAAGCACGUCAAAGUGCAAGUAGAUAAAUAGGUACCACUCCAGCGGGAAGGUACACGGCAUUUCUGUGCCCUGCUCUGGUUUGCAAGAAGCAGCUUAGUCAUGCUGGCCACAGGACCCGGAAGCUGUACGCCGGCUCCCUCGGCCAAUAAAGCGAGAUGAGUGCCGCAACCCCAGAGUUGGUCACGACUGGACCUAAUGGUCAGGGGUACCUUUACCUUUACCUUUACUUCAUCUAUCCUUAUCUGACACUGUGAUCAUUACACCACACUGGACCUCACUGUGUUGUAUAUUAGAGAAUUCAGUGGAUUAAAGAUCUGACCUACCGUCCAGUCUUUCUUUAUUUUCUCAUGAAUGCUUAUUUCUCCAAUCCAGCUAUCUUAUGGACUCGUUUUGCUUUUUAUUUUAUUUUUUAAAAGUUAUUUGCAUAAAGGUACAAAUGUUUUGGUAUUUUUGUUGUCUCUUCACCACCCUGUUCUCAUUGUGUUCCUGACAGGGACACGAGUCAUUGCAGGCCAUGGGAAGCAGCGCUGACAGCUGCGACAGUGAGACAACAGUGACAUCUUACAGUGAAGAACUCAAAACGCCAAUAGAUGAGCAGUCCUAUUUUAAUGAGCUUGAUGAGGAGAAAUUCCUCCGUACAGAAGUGGAGCAGCAGAAGAGGGAGGCGGUUUCUGGGAGCGAUGCCAGAGAAGGUCGGAAAGUUCUAGAAGGCGAAACUGGGCAGGCUGAGACCGGAGGAGAUACAGAGUUUGGCCAAGGAGGAUAUAUUAGAAAAGAUGAAGAUGCUCUUGCACAGGAGGGAGAGUCUGAAGUGCUGGAGGAAGGCAGUGAAGAGAGCGACGCAGAUAAAAGCAGCGAGUACGAAUUUCCUCAGUAUAAAACGCACCACAUUCUUAAAUCAAUGUCCUCUAUAGAAAGCAGCAGUUCAUCUCCUUCUUCCACUGAGCGGGUUAGCAUUGCUUUGCAAAGAGCCCAGAGGAGGAUAAGUGGCUCGUCUGAUUCCAGAGCCGGUCGCUCGCUGCUCAAAUCGAAAGACUUUCUUUUCAAGCAAAGGCAUCGGAUCUCUGAGUUGGACUAUCCAUUGAGGCGCUCCCAGUCUCUCCCAUCUCCACUACUGAACCCGGUGAAAGUCGUCUCCUCCGUGAAUGUCCAGCUCACUCCGGGAAAACAGACAUUUUGUAGCCCCCCGUCUUUUACUUACAAGUACGAUACUCCUGAACAGGAGGAGAAGGAGGAGCAGACGGAAGAGAAGCCCCCUGAGGAGAAAGACCACAGUCCCCCCAGGUGCAAAUCCACACUUUUCAUUGCACCAUCAUCCCUUAGGAAAGAGGGUUCCCAGCCUGCGUUGAACAAGGCGGCGGACGAACCGUGUCGGAGCAGAAUACAGAGCUGCCCUUUGCACCUCCCGGCUCAUAUGUCUCAGUCGUCGUGCUCGCUACAUUCCCUUCAGUUUGACUAUCCAGACAGGCCCUUAUGCGCGCAUAUGAGAACAUUCAGUACACACAGCAUCCCAAGCACCCCUGGGUCGUCUUGCAGUGGUUUGCCUUCCCCGUUCAGCUGCCCUUACUCGCUGAGGCACGCUGGGCACCGGCGCCAAGCUCAGGCCAUGCAUUCGCCCUCCACGGUUGAAAUGCAGCUGAGGAGAGUCUUGCACGACAUCAGGAACUCUUUGCAAAGCCUUUCGCAGGUAAAUUAGCUCAUGGCUGCAGUCUGUAUACCCCCCAGUAUGUCUGUCUGGAGGAUGCAUAUUUUGGUUGCUAAAAAGAAAGACAGCAUGCACAACCGUUGUGCGGUGGUUUGUUUAAAUUUCGGAUUCCCCGUGGCAUUUAGUGUUUCCACAUGUAAUUGAUUUUGCUGGCAAAUGGGAAAAGCUUGUCAAAGACUGGUUUUGCGAACAGGGGGCCCUCUAGGUGUUAUGGAUUGCAAUUUCCAUCAUCCAUGACCACUGGCUGUGCUGAUAGAAGUUGUAGUCCACCACAUCUAGAAGGCACCGCAUUGGAUGCCGCUGCCCAAACAUUCCAUUGAGUCCCUGACUACGUUGGGAUUUGACUCCCCAGAUCUAAGUUUGAUGCUCUUAUCAACUGGGUCAUGUUGCCUUUCAAUACAGUCGUGGCAAAGCUGACGUACAAAAACUCAGUUCUGUGAAGCAUGAAUUAGAUUUCUUCCUGCUCGGGAUCUUUUAUAUGCAAAUGUUUUAAAGGCCUUGCUUUUAUUAUUAUUAUUAUUAAAUUGAGGCUUGAGAAGAUAGUUCUGUUCUGUUCUGUUCGUUCUAUACUCCAGUGCAUCUGAUGAAGUGUAAGCCACUGGUAUUCUGUGCCCUAGGGAAUGUUGGCAUUGCUCAGGUCAGGAGCUUGACAGAGUCCCUUUAAGGACAAGAUAAGUAAUGGGAGGUAAACUUUGCAGAAGGGCAAGUUUGCUCUCCACUAAUUGUCUAAUGCAUGCCGUGUACAGCUGUGUGGAAAUGUUGCAUCACAACUCCCAUUGUCCCUGAUAAUUGGCCAUGCUCACUAGGGCUUAUGGGAGUUGUAACAAAGGGAUGUCUGGAGGGUCACAAGUUCUCCUCCUCUCAUCUAGAGAGUCCUUGAGCAGGAUUGUGAAUCUGAGCCGUCUCCCAUUCCCCAGAUGUCAUUAUAUUGAGGGCCAGCCCGGUUUAGGCAAGUGUGAAAUGAGUAGUAUGCCUAAGAGCCAAGCCCCGUUCACACACACAAAUUAGAAUAAAACAACAAUAUUUGAAUGCCAUACAUAUUUCUGCAGAGUCUUCAUGAAGCCUGAGAGCUAGGCUAGGCAGCUUAAGUUUUGCAGCCAUGUGUUUCAUGUGCAAAACUGCUAAUUUGAAAGCUCAGACUAUUUUAAUGCUCUGCAAUAAAUUUUGAUUAAGUAACUUCCUUUUCGCAACCUCCUCCUAGAACGAAUCCCAAGAUUUUCCCCCACUUGGUACUUAACAGCCCUGUCAUGUUCUAAAAUGCUUGCCAGAUGCAAUAAACUCCAUUCUGGAGCUGGGGAAAGUUCACCUUUUUUUGAAGAGGCUUUCACAAUCGGAAGCCUCAUUUUAUCAUAUGAAAGUUUGGAAUGAACAUAGUUGCUUCUCCAGUCAGGAGUUUCCCAGGGAUCUGACACAGCUUUACUCAUUCCAUUUUGUAAAAUGCAUUCUUUUCCAUGGUGUCCAUAGUUAAUAAAACUCCUAGACCUACACUGGACUUGCUACAUUUCCCCAUCCUUUGGGAGUUUGGCCUCUGUGUGUUUCUGUUUUGACAUAUUUGGGUUUGUGUAGAUAAUGCUAUCUGAAGCCUUGCUACUUGCACACUAACUUCUUAGAUACUUUUAAGUCUGAGGAAAAGCUCCUUUGUCUGUCAUGCAGCAUGUAUCAUUAUCAUCUUAGCACAGUUUUGAUUUGGUACUUGUAUCUUAACCAGAAUAUUAUGAACCAGUUUGCGCAGGGGUUACAGCGUUGGACUUAGACUGCAUUGACCUGUGUUUCAAAUCCCUGCUUAAUUGUGAAGUUCACUAAGUGGCCUUGAAGAAGGCAUUUGGUCUCAGUCUAUUUCGCAGAGUAGACAGUCUCCUAUGGGCUGCUCUUAGUCCUUUGGGGGAAGGACAAAAAUCGCAGGUGGGAAGUUUUGCUUUGCACAAAUUGGCUUCUUACCCAGAAAUUUCACUGCCAAACUGGAUUUUUGAAUCUAAAUCCAUUCCUCUUCUUAGUUGGAAUUUGCUCUUCACACAGGUGCACAGAGCUAAUUCAGAUGGCACACAUGAUACCGCCGUCCGUAGGACUAUACCACCUUGCAAGGCUUCUGGGGGCCUUGGUGGUUUGAAUACACGCACCCAGCAAAAUUGAAGAGGUGCAACAAAUCUGACCAGUCUCAGAUUUUAGAUAUUGUUUGGGGCUUCAGUGUUUCCAUAUCUGAGGGGUGGCAGGGGUAUCACUGCCAGAAACACUGGCUGAAACACAGGUGGGCUGUCAUUUAGGUGUGAGGGGGCUGGGCCCAGAGUUGAGGAUGAGAGCCAAAGUUUGGCCUUGCUUGAAGUGCCAGCCCAUUUACUCACAAAGUUGUUAUAGAAAAAUAAACCGGGCAAAUGCAAACGACCUACCGUAUUUUUCUUUGUAUAAGACGCCCCAAUGUAUAAGACAACCUCAAAAUUAAGAGAUCAAUAUUUUAAACACAAAACAGAACAUCUUUGAUAUUUUCUUAAAUAUUCAAAGUUACUGGUAUAUUUAGUACCAUAUAUUUAAACAUCAGCGGUCAGGGAAGUUGGCCAAAGUUGCUGAGCUUUUGCGGAAGUCCCCCAGAGUUAGGGUUGCCAUAUUUCAAGAGGUAAAAAUCAAAAUUUGUUGGGCUUUUUUGGUGCAAUAGCAUGAAAAGUUUGUUGUGUUCAUGACUGUUGUAUUGACAUGUUAUUGCUUAUUGGUCUUAUGUACCAAGUUGUUAAAAUGUAUGUUUGUUUUGACCUCUUCUCUUCCCUUUCUAGAAUGCUAUGAUGAGAAGUCCUGACCUCACUACAGCCCCUUACAGUACUCAGAGAUCUUCUAUUCUACCUCUCUAUGAAGUAAAUGGCAUUUUUCUCUCUCUUCAUCCAUGUUAUGUGUUUGAGAUAAACAUGCGCCUGUAUAUAUGUAUAAAAUGAGAAUGUCCUUUCAUCUGGGUUCUCCCCUCCCAUCUUUAGAAGAUAGGGACGAAGAAAGAGAUGUUGCAGUUCUCUACUCCAUGUAUCCAGCCCUCUCCUUCCCUCCCUCUGGGUGGUUUUCAAGGGCAAAGGACAGGGAGGUCAUGGGCAUGCCGUAGGUGUGGUGCUAAGAUGGCUGACUCCACCAAUAGGCUGUAAGUUGCUGAGCCCCAGCCCAGAGCCCAGAUUGUCUCUAUGAAGACAAUCCAUUGGCAGAUUGGGCUCAUGGAAUUCAUGGGAGACAAGGCUAUAACUACCAGCCAUAGUGGCUCUUUAUUCCCUCCAGCGUCAAGAGGGCAGAAUGCCCUCUGAAUACUAGUUUCUGGGAAUUGCAAGUGAGAAGAGAGCUCAUGUCCUGUUUGUGGACUUCUCUUGUGUUUUAUGGCAUAUUUUAAUUUUUGAGGUUGUUUUAGUGCCCCGGCAAAAUGGUUUUUGUCUCUUUUAGUUAUGCAUUGGUUUUUAUAGUUGGGGAACUGUAGCUGUAAACUGCAUAGGAGGCAUUUUGAGAUAAGCAGUAUACAAGUGAAUCAUCACUAUCGUCGCCAUCUGCUUGGCUACUGUGAAGACAGGGUGCUGUCCUGGAGGGGCCUUUAGUCUGAUUUGGCAGAGCUCUUGUUAUGUAUUUACACAGAGUUCUGAACAUAAAUACUUCUCUGUAUCUGUCUUCUAGAAUACAUUCCAAGAUCUUCAAGCCGUGAGAAGGAACCUAAACCUGUUUAGAACGCAAAUGAUGGAUUUGGAAUUGUCCAUGUUGCGCCAGCAAACCACUGUUUAUCAGCACAUGACAGAGGAAGAGAGGUGAGUGGGGUAGGGAGGUGCUCUCACCUAAGCAGCUUGUUUACUAUAUCUGUGCUCACAUGCAGGUUCCUUUUAUAUUUCUACUAAAACCUUUCACAUCUGUUCUCUUUCUUUCUCAAAAGCACUGUUUUUCUUCUAGGUGUGCAGCCUUCAAAUAAUCCUAAAGCACGCUCCUUCUCCUUCCUCUUCUGCGCAUUUAGAACUGGCCUUUUGCAUUCUGACUCUGCCACUUUGCUUCUGAUCAUCACUCACAGUUAGAUUGCUGCAACUUUCUCCAUGGCGGUCUUUCUGUUCUGCCACCUCUUCUCCACUCUCUUCAGAGUGCUUCUGUCAAGACCAACCUUUCGUCCCUUUUGCUCUGAUCUCUGCCCUCUUGGUAAGAUCCUUUUUGACGUUUGGGUUUCGUUUCAUUUGGGCAUUAACUUCAAGGGUCCUAUUCCUUAGGACAUUUAGAUGUUUUGAAAGGGAUGGCUUUUUAUUUUAUUUAUUCCUCAAGGAGUUCAAGGUGGCAUGCUUCUCAACCCUUCAAUGUUUUUCCUCUCAGCAACCCUGUGAAGCAGUAGGUUAAGACUGCAAGACUGUGGUUGGCCCAAGAUCACCCAGUGAACUUAAUAACUGAGUGGGGAUUUAGACCUUGGUUUCUCAGGUCCUAGUUCAACACUAUGGGAUGCGGGUGGUGCUGUGGUCUAAACCUCUGAGCCUCUUGGGCUUGGUGAUUGGAAGCUCAGUGAUUUGAAUCCCUGUGACAGGGUGAGCUCCCGUUGCUCUUUCCCAGCUUUUGCCAACCUAGCAGUUCGAAAGCACGCCAGUGCAAGUAGAUAAAUAGGUACCGCUGUGGCGGGAAGGUAAAUGGUGUUUCCAUGCACUCUGGAUUCCGUCACGGUGUUCCGUUGCGCCAGAAGCAGUUUAGUCAUGUUGGUCACAUGACCCAGAAAGCUGUGUGCAGACAAAUGCUGGAUCCCUUGGCCUGAAAGUGAGACGAGUGCUACACCCCAUAGCCACCUUUGACUGGACUUACCCGUCCGGGGGUCCUUUCCCUUUUAUUUUAUUUUUACCUUAGUCCAGCACUCAAACCACUUCACCACACUGGGGUGGUCUCAGGAUUUCCCUCCGGAUCAUACCAGUCACUCUUAUAGCCACCUUGUGGUGAGGUUCCGUAGAACUAUUUGUUUCUGAAGAUACUCAUUUUAUUACACACACACACACACACACACACACACACACACACCUGCCACCCUCCUAAAGAGAUAAAUGUUUCUUCUCCCCACCCCAUCUUAGUCUUUCAAUAUGCUUGUGGUAAAGGUUUGCUUGAGAAAUAGUGACUGAGCUCAAGGUCAGUCAUGAGUGAGUGAAGAUUUGAGCGUGUGUCUUCCCAGGCCUAGCCUAAGGCUCUGCUCAUGAGUUUCUUGUCUGAUGUCUUCUACAUGCAUGGUAGCCCUUCAAGCCAGCCUAGUUCCACUGAAAUCCCGUUUCGUUUUCACUGUAGAUUCUGUAAGGAAAGAAAAGGGUUGCUUCACUCUCCCAUCCAUGUAUUACGGCAUCUGCAUGACCAGCUCUCUCCCUUGCUUAUAUAAUACGCUGCUCCCAAUAAAUACCUGGACCACAUCCAAACCUAUAUAUAGCAUUUAAUUUACAGAUUUGCUAAAUACAUACUAGUUAAGCUCUGUAAGUCUUGUUCCCCGCCCUAAGGGAUUAGUUUUUUUUUUACUAAUUUCAUCUCCAGUGGAUUUUCCUCAUUAGUUUGCAAAACCAAAAGUAAAGCCCCAUGCACUCCUGUGGAAUGCACACAUUCCUUCUUUCCUCUGUUCCCUUUUCUUGGUUGCUAUAUAUUUUCAUGUGAAAGUGCAUAUAUCUGCAUAACACUGGACUGAUAUGUUAUCAUUCCCUCCACUGCUUUGGAUGAUAUGCCUAUUUGUGCUCUGCCAACAGGAUUGUAUAUUCCCCUUUCCAUUUUGCUUGCUUCUGAUUUAGAUACGAAGCUGAUCAACUCCAGAGCCUGAGGAAAUCUGUCCGCAUGGAGCUUCAGGAAUUAGAAAUGCAGUUAGAGGAGCGCCUUCUUACUCUCGAAGAGCAGCUUAGGAAUAUUCACGUGUCUUCACCUUACAGGCAACAAACACCCAUGGUAUGUCUUUUGUCACAGUCCGUCUGUGCAGAUAUAUCUGUGCAAUGGAUGUAGAAGCACCAGGUAGAUAUGGGGCGAGUUAUUCCCCUAAUACCCAGAACUUUGUUAUGCCACCAAGCAUUAGAACAGACACAUUAAGCAUUUUUGUUUUGGGGCAGAGUAUUUUUUUUCCAUGUGGAUCCAUGUUCCAGAGGCUAAUGGAAUUCAAUAUUAGACAUGCUAAGCAAAUUUUCAAGUCAGUGGCAAGAGGGAAGCCCAGAUUGAAGGCCUGUAGCCCACAGCCUCAGAAUGGUGAGGACAUGCACAUUCAGCAGAAUGGUUGAGUUUGUCCUGUGAGUAUUUGUACUCCUUUAUUGUUAAAAAGCUAAGAGACAGGCAACUGGGCUUGGAUUUGUAGGCCAAGAAGAAGUUGGGGGUUGCGUUGCUCUGUCAAUACCAACAGGCAUAAAACAUGGCCUGUGUUCUCCCCUAGGCUCACAACUUGCUCUGGAAGCAUUUCCCCAUGUAUUUUAGGGUGGUGUAGCUCAGAUGUCACUAAUGAUCCAGUUCAACAAUCCACUAAUGAUCCAGAUCAACCUUCCAGCCCCUUGAUCUCUCUGGCAUACUUCAUAUGAACAAACCUGAAAUAGAAAAUGAUAGAGGCUUAUAUUGACAGUGGCCCAAUCCUGGCUUAAUAAACUAGGGUAUUUCUGAGCUGUUACAUCUCCUUCACUCCUCCCUUCAUGUCAGCAAGGAAACAAACCAGGAAGCUACAGCUGACUGCAGCUUUCCUGUUACAUGUGAAUGGAGAACUGGGGUUCAUGGCCACCCCAAACGACAAACAAUGGUUUCUUGUGUCCACUCAUGUGAAGGGGAAACAAAGGGGCUGCAUGUGUGUCAAGAAUUUAAUCAUAUGAACGGAGCUAUUACAUUUGAAUGAGGGGUCAGAAGAAACUAAACUAAAGAGCAUGUAGCAUAUCCAAACUCUGUCCUUUCCCCCCAUCAGAGGGGGGAAGUUCUAGACAGAAUAGCUCCGCUGACUACAGGUUACCCGAUAACCAAAUGGUGACCUCUGCAGAUUCAGGUUGCUUUUCUUUGGAGAUUCCAAAGGUUUAGAAGACCCAGGGAUGGGUCUGAGGAGGAAAAGGAAACAUGGUGUGUGUUUUUUUGAGGGGGGGACUAAGACCCAACUAAGUUGUGCCAAAUAGAUCCACUGAAAUUGAUGAACUUAAGCUACUUCAGUCCACUGAUUUCAUUUGGUCUUCUCUGAGUCCUGACUAACAGUGUCCAUAUCCUCUAAACUCUUACAGCUCUUUAAAUAUUUUUCUUCCUUACUAUGUCCUGGAAUCAUAAAUGCAGAGGUAGCAUAAAAGGCUCUCUGGGUCCUUGUUUUCUCAGAAAGUUGGCGGUGUGGCCCAGGCCACGAAGCAAUUUUGAGAGCUUCCAAAAACAUCAACAACCCCUAAUUUCUGUGGGUUUUUUUUCUUCCAGGGCAUGUAUGGGAGCAGAAGCACUGAUAACUUGUCGUGCCCUUCUUCACUGAAUGUGAUGGAGCCGGUAAGUAACCAAGACAAAGGCUGGAAGUGAAGGCAGUGGUAUUUUCCAGUCACAUUGAGAUGUUUCAUUGGCAGUGAUACAUGAAUGGAAUGGAUUGGAUUGGAAUGGAAUAAAUGUAUGUACAGAACAUGUGAGAUACUGGGGAUGCUGUCAAAUUCAUGCUAGGCCUUUGGCUAUUCUGAGACGCAGUGUGUUCCAGUAGGGUUGAAGGCAUGGUUUGUAGCCCAAGGAUGAGGCGUAAUUUUUGUGCUUCUGUUCCAGCAUACAUUUGGGGUUUUGCCUGUCUCACAAGACAGUGAGUAAAGCAGUUGUCUUGUCUUCCUCCCCCACCUCCCGUAAUUCCGUAGGUCUCUGAACUCAUUCGAGAGCAGUCAUUUCUGAAGUCUGAGCUGAGGUUGGGUCUGGGAGAACUUGGAAUGGAGAUUCCGCCGGCCGACGGCUCAGAAUGUGCUUUUGAUCACGGACAUUCUGACUCCUCUUCAGUGUGUUCCAGCCAAGCCAGCAGAAAAGACAGUGCACACUCAUCUGAGAUGAUGGGGAAGGCCAAGCCCCAAAGCAAAAAAAUCUACCGAGCGUGUGUGGCCUUGAUGCCCUCUCCACCGGCAAGAGCAGGAACAGGGCAGCCUCCUGAAAGCUCUGAGGGACACACAACGUCCAGAUCGGAGGUGGAGCAGAAACUUGAAAAGAUCCCUCUUGUGCCUGCGGUUGAAGAAAUUCACAGAAGUGUGGAGAAUGAUGAACUGCAGCAAGUCAUACGAGAGGUGAGCAGCAGGCUGGCUAGCAUUUGGAGCAUUUUAUCUCAAUGUUUUCUUCUUAAUGUGGCUAAGAAGAUUCGACUGACCUCACCGAACUCCAAUCCCCAGGAUAGUUUAAUGAUCAAUCCCUCUUCCCAGGAAAUGGGGAAAUGUAACUCUGUGAGGGUAAUAGGGAUCUCCUAACAACUCUUGGCAACCUUAACAAACUAUAGUUUCCAAGAUUCUUUGAGGGAAGCCAUCAGGUUGCUGUUUGCAGCAGUUGGAAAGCUUUCUUUCUUCUUUUGGCCCAGCCUUAGUUCAGAUCUUUCCCAACAGUAUCAAGAGAUGUCAGGGGUUGAACUGAGAUGUCCUGCAUACAGAGGAUGUGAUCUUUCCCCGAGAGUCUCAUACUCCGUGCCGGGCUUUGGAGAAAGUCUGGUGCUGUUAUGGUCUAAGGACUAAUGCCAUGAAAGUUAUUCAAUUCUUCUCAUGUUUCCUCAGAAGUAAGUCCCAUUGUGUCGCUAGUCCCUUAAACACAGAAGUUUGCCAAAUCACACAUUGUGUGUAUGUUACAGAGUGGGUUUGUUUAAUGCUGGCACCCACUUUGUUUAAUAUAUCUCUUUGCAUCUCAUAAAUACCGAAAGUCUCUGCCUUGUAUUGUUUGCUUCCCAAAGCAGAAUGAAUCCAUUGCAGGGAAAUUCAUUAAUAUGCAUUCUUGAUAUUUCUUCACAAAUGUUAAACUCAUGGCAUUCUGAACAAUUCCUCUCCCUGUGUAUACAUGAAUGAUCUUGGCUUGUAGGAGAAAACAGCAUAAACAGUAUUCAGUGUUCCAGAGCAUGCCAGAAUAGACUGUAAUGUGUGUGAGCUUUUGACCUGUAUCUUUUUACUGGAAUGAAAAGGAACCCGCUAUCCUUUUCUCCAUACUCCCACAGAAGAAAACUGCAAAAAUGCCAAGAUACUUAACUUUGUUCUCUCUUGCUUCGAAGAAAAUGCAGAUUGCUUUCUUAUUUAUGGAAUAUAAAAAAUGCAAAAUAUAAAAUAAAAGAAGAAUGGAGCUAGUGUUCUCUACUUAACAGAAAUUGGGUUAUUGGGGAAUAGUAUCUUGAAUCAAAUUGUUUCAGGAAUACUUGAUUUGAACAGUCUGCUUCUCGAUACUCUCCAUUUUACCUUUUCAAGACACCGGUGCACUUUUGCAAAGUCACACUGGUGCCUUUCAAGGCACUAGUUUCAAGGCACCUUUGGGUGAUAGCCAACAUUAAUCAUUCUCAGCAUAGAUCCAUUGAAAUCAUUGGACAUCACCCUCUAUUUUGAAGAAGCUUCUCUAGAAAGAGUGGCAGGUCUUACACUUAGCUGUAAAACAUUUUUUAAAAUCAGACUGAUUGCAGGUCCAUUGGUAUUCUUUCUUGUGUGCCACUUUCUAGAUGCAAAGUUGGAUUCUUUGCACACAUGCCUUACUGCAGCGAGGAAACUUGGACGCAGAGACAGCAUCCUGCCCAAGGUCACACAGGAAGCCUGGCUGUAGCAAAGCCAGGAAUAGAACACAAGUUGCCUGUUCCUUUCCACACAGAUGGAUCCUUUCUCUUGCUUGCUCAUCCAUUAGCUCUGCUAAUUUGGGAAGCCUUUGUCACUUCAUUUUGGAAUGCACCCAAUUUAUUUAUAGCCUUUGUAUUCUUGGGUGAAUAGCAUUCGUCCCUUAAGUGGCAAUCCCGCCAGCACUGGAACGCAGAACCCUUGGUUCUCAGCACAGCGCUGCUGCUUGUGGUCAACCACCAGGACUGCAGUUUGGAGCAAUUUCCUGGGCAUUAAAUAACCACUAGACUGGCUCAUUCUCCAACCACACCCCUCCUGCCCCUUGCUGCCCAUUGGAUUCUCAUAGACAGGAAGAAUGAUAAAAGGCUUUCUGUUAGGGCUGAGUUUUUGGACAACAAUGGUCAUCCUGGCUUAGGUAUCUGCCAAUUUAUUCCUCAUCUUUGGCUCCUAGGUUAUUCUGCACCAUGAACUCAUGGGUCUGUUUCUCAGUAUUGACCCCCCUCAUUCAGUGUUGACCUCCAACAAUAUUCUUGUAGGAUUAGAAGCACAGUACAGAACUUAGGACACAUCCACUCCAUACAUUUAAUAAAGCACAUGGCUUCCCCACUAAUAAACCUGGAAACUGUAGUUUACCCCCUCACAGAACUACAGUUCCCAGCACCCUUAAACUACAGUUCCCAGGAUAAGUUGGGGGAAAGCCAUAUGCUUCAAAUGGAUGGUGUUGCAGAUAUAACCCUGGAAAACUGCCUACUGCCACAUUCCCCCAAUUCCACAAGGAAAGAUUGAAUGGGAUUGGCCCAACCUAUGCAGUUGUGCUUAGCCUUCAGUGAGCUACAAAUAUAGGGGAAGGAUGGUAAAUGUAGACAAACCUGAAAUGUCUUCUUUUCAGAUCAAAGAAUCUAUCGUCGGUGAAAUCAGACGGGAAAUUGUAAGUGGACUGUUAGCAGCUGUCUCUUCCCCUAGCAGAUCUGCUAACGCUAAGCAAGAAACGCAACCGUGAAUCGGUACUACAGGUAAAUAUUUCAGUGUUGCUGCAUGCCAGUAAGUGCUAGCAGGAGGGUGGGGAAAGACCAUGCAGAUUACAUCAGAAAAGAAUGUAGGGGCUGAAUAUUACAGAAUUGCACUACUGCCUCCACUUUCUCAAAGUUGGCUCUAGCAACAAUGCUUGGCCACCAGUGGGUGGAUUCCAAACCAUUAGCCUGGGGUGUUGAAAUGCAUGUGUUAUAUAUAAUAUAUAUACUUUUUUAAAAAUUUUCUGUUUUACAAUUUCAAAUACUCAUUUUACAUCCUUAAAAUAUCCUUCUUCUCUUUCCAUAGUUCAUUUUACGUAUCAUAAAUCUCUGCAUAUUUUACAAAAACUAUACCAUUCGGUAUUCCAUUAUUGCACCCACCAAAACUUAUUUACACUGUUGAAUUUAUCUUAAUGCUGCCAGCGUUUUCAGCUAUACACAAUUAUUUCCCAUAUAUUCAAUAGAUGUUUUCCAAUCUUCUUUAAACGUAUGUUCUUCUUGUUCUCUUAUUCUAUGGGUUGAGUCUGCAAGUUGUGAGUCCCGGGUGUUGAGAUGCAUGUCGCUGCUUUCACCGAAUAAAUAUAUUUGUUUUUGAUUUGAAAUGACAAUCAUGCAAUAACUCUCUCCCCCCCCCCCCCACGACAGGUUGGCAUGUGGUCCAGGGACACUGUGGAAUUCUCCUUUUGGAAGGCUGGAUGGGCGGGUCUGCCUGCACUCAGGAGGACAGAAGUGAAGGCUACUGUAUACAGUUUGUAGUUUUGUGCUGCUUAAUGUUCCACUUCAGCUCUCUCUGCUCCGACUGGGACACUCUACAUCUUACUACUGCCCAUGAACCACCUUCCAAGCCUUAAUAUUUAUUUGUACAUUCCUACGGUUCAUUUGUGCAUAGUGUCUUGCUAUUAUUAUUAUUAUAAUUAUUAUAAUUAUUUCUGUGUAGAGGUGUUCCUCGUAAAACUUGAAGACUUCCUUGAUCUACCCCAGUUAUAAAUAGCCUAGGAUUGUCAUUGUUAUUUUAUAUAUCUAUGUAAAAACCCACUGACCUCUGUGAGGUAUUUAACUGUGCAAUAACUGAUUCACUCUGAGAGCUUGAAACAACUAUCCUGUUUUCACUGCUGUUACCAAGUGCCACUUCAAAAGAGGAGAGUAACCUGUUGUUGUGUUGUUGUUGUUUUAAAAUGCUGUAACUCUUGGGAGAAGCUGUUGUUUGCAAAGAGUUUAGAGAGCUAAAUGAACUUAUGUAAAACUACUAAGAACACUUACACCGAGAGCCUUAUCUCUGAGCAGUAGACACCUUUUAAAAAUAAAUAAAAUUUUCUGCUUCUUUAAUCUUUCUCCUUGGGGGUGUGCUUUGUAUUGUUUUAAAAAUCCUUAAUAUAUAUUGAUGACUUCUCAACGGUAUCAGGAGGCAGCCUUUUUCUCCUUUUCAUAAAACAGGUCUAUAAAACACUAGGGGGUUUUUCUAAGUGGAUAGUGCUGUUGUUGUGGGGGAAUCGGAACAAAUUGUUCCCCUUUUUCUGAAGUUUUACUAUGGCCCAGGGAAAUGUAUCAGAACAGAAAUGUAUCAGAACAGAUGAAAUUGUAUGUUGGCAGGGUUUUCAGUUUCUUUUACAUGUUUUUUUGUCAAUGGGGUGCUAGACAGUCAAGGUUUAAUAAUGUCUGGAUUAUUGCCACUGGGAUUCCUUAUGUUUCUGUGGUUUUGUUUUUUGUUUUUAAAAUAUGUUUUCAACUAAUAAAAUCAAGAUUGUGUUGAAUACAUAAUCAAAACUAGUAAAACUAUAACUAUCUUUUAUGAGAAAAGUCUGUCAAAGUGCUUUUGGAAUGGACAUAAGGGCUUUCAUAUUAAAAGGGGCUGUUAUGCCAAUAAAAUAUUUAUUUUGCCUAC